GGGUAGUCCAUGCUGGCUGGGAGUCCCUGCAGCCCCCCCACCCCCCCUUGGGCCCUGUGACCCGGAACCUGUCUGCAGCCCCGGGCUGGGAGCUCCUGGGGGAGACCUUUAACCAGCAUGCCUGGCUGACCCCUUCCCCGGCCAUGGCGAGCUGGUCCUGUUAGUACAUCCCGCCGGGCGGAUUGUAGGAGCGGCAGGCAGAGCUGGGGGAGCAGGAUGGGGAACAGCACAUCAUGCUGCGUGUCCUCCAGCCCCAAAAUCAGGAGGAAUGCCCACUCCAGGCUGGAGAGCUACCGGCCCGAGCAGGACCUGAGCAGGGAGGACACCGGCUGCAACCUGCAGCACAUCAGCGACCGGGAGUACAUCGACGGUAAGGGGGGGCCGGGUAUAAAAUAUACUGAGCAGAGAAAGGCAAGAUUGGGGGGCUGCGGGUGGGGCUGCUGGUACCACGUAUUGGGGAGGGGGGGGGGACCUUGCACUGAGGCUGGGGGCUGGUGAUGGAAUAAGGGACCUUGCACUGGGGCUGGUGGAUGGAAUAAGGGGGGGACCUUGCACCGAGGCUGGGAGCUAUGAUGGAAUAAGGGGACCUUGCACUGAGGCUGGGGCUGGUGAUGGAAUAAGGGGACCUUGCACUGGGAGGCUGGGGCUGGUGAUGGAAUAAGGGGACCUUGGCACUGAGGCUGGGGGCUGGUGAUGGAAUAAGGGGGGACCUUGCACUGAGGCUGGGGGCUGGUGAUGGAAUAAGGGGGGACCUUGCACUGAGGCUGGGGGCUGGUGAUGGAAUAAGGGGGGACCUUGCACUGAGGCUGGGGGCUGGUGAUGGAAUAAGGGGGGGCCUUGCACUGGGGGGGGGGGGCUGGUGAUGGAAUAGGGGACCUUGCACACAAAGAGGCUGGGGGGCUGAGUGAUGGAAUAAGGGACCUUGCACUGAGGCUGGGGGCUGGUGAUGGAAUAAGGGGACCUUGCACUGAGGCUGAGGCUGGUGAUGGAAUAAGGGGAAACCUUGCACAGGGGGGCUGAGUGAUGGAAUAGGGGGACCUUGCACACUGAGGCUAGGGGCUGAGUGGUGGAAUAAGGGAGUUGUGCUUGCACUGGGAGCUGAGUGGUGGGUCAGAGGGACCUUUAGCUGGGGGUUGUUGGUGGAAUAAGGGGGACCUUGCACUGGGCUGGGGCUGAGUGGUGGAAUAAGAGGGACCUUGCACUGAGGCUGGGGGCUAGUGGUGGAAUAAGGGGACCUUGCACUGAGGCUGAGGCUGGUGGUGGAAUAGAGGGACCUUGCACUGAGGCUGGGGGCUGGUGGUGGAAUAAGGGGGACCUUACUGGGGCUGGGGGCUGGUGGUGGAAUAAAGCGGGGACCUUAGCUGGGGCUGGGGGUUAGUGGUGGAAUAAGGGGGGACCUGGGGCUGGGGGUUGGUGGUGGAAUAAGGGGGACCUGGGGCUGAGGGUUGGUAUUUGAUGGAAUAGGGGGACCUGGGGCUGGGAGGUUGGUGAUGGAAUAAGAGGGGGACCUGGGGCUGGGGUUGGUGAUGGAAUAAGGGGGACCUGGGGCUGGGGGUUGGUGAUGGAAUAAGGGGGGACCUUGCACUGAGGCUGGUGAUGGAAUAGGGAGGACCUUGCACUGAGGCUGGGGGCUGGUGAUGGAAUAGGGGGGACCUUGCACAGAGGCUGGGGGCUGGUGAUGGAUUAGGGGGAACCUUUCUGGGGGCUGGUGAUGGAAUAAGGGAGGACCUUGCACUGAGGCUGGUAAUGGAAUAAGGGGGGACCUUGCACUGAGGCUGGUGGCUGGUGAUGGAAUAAGUGGGAAGCUAGCACUGGGGAAGCUAGAAGAUUGGGGGCUUUUGACAGGGUAGGAGGAAGUUGGAUCUGAGAUUAGGGGCUUUUGAUUUGGGGUAGGGGGGAAACUAACACUAAUACAGGGAGCUGUAGUACAUUGAUCUGAGGAUGCAACUCUUAAGAGACCAACUAACAUUAACAUGGGGUGGGUGCUUUUAGAGAGGAAUUGGCUGGUCAUGGAGGGGGGCAGAUUUUAAUGAACAAUUAUACAGCCUGGUAAUUUGGUCGGAGAGCAAAGCCUGGUCGAGCAUCUGAGGAAAUUGACAAAGUUUACAUUUUUGGCCAAUAUAGCAUUGUCGAUGAAGCUCUUUAGUUGGUUCUGCAAUGGCUUACAAUCUGUAUUGCAUUAAUUUUGGCGCUCUGCCUCCCUGGCUUGUGUCCUGCAUGGUGCUCCGUAAAUCUUGGCACUACAUUUCCCAUCAUUCCCAGCCUGCCUUCAAAUUCUCUGAGCGCAAUGCAAAUGUAGCUUAUCCCCAUCUAGGGUGCCAAGGUUAAGCCAUGAUUGGCCUGCAUCCUAGCUGCACUGUUGAAAGGAUUGAGUCUGUUUGAUAUUCCUUGCUAUCCAUUCCUUGGCUGAUCUUCCCAUGCAGCUGUUUGUGGUCCCCCUCAUACUUGACAGUACACAUUAAAAUAGUCUUCCAAAUCUUGUACAAGCGAUGGUACCUGUACAGCCUGACAGUGUAUAUGGUAUUUAUCCUAGUCACAUUAUUGACCCUUCUGUUCUGUGGGAUUGUUUUGGUAUCUCUCUAUUUGCAUCUAUGUUUUAAUAUCAUUAUACCUUCGUUUGUUUGUGUGUUUUAGAACUACUGUCUGUACAAAGCACGAUUUGUGUGUAACAAUCAUUACAUUUGAGAACGAUGUACUCUUCUGACCUGUUAUCUCAGGGGUUUAUCUGCCAACCUUCAAUUGUGGAGAUUUGAUAAGGCGAUCGCAUAUUUCAGGCCAAAACAGCCACAUUGUAAAAUCUCUUAAACUCCACUAUUUUGGCCCACAUUUGGCACACUGUUUGUAGUUUAGUAAAUUAUGUAUAUAUCCAUGUGCUUAGAUACUCUUUACCAAUUUUUACAUUUUGAGGUUUGCGUCUGCCCAGUUGAAGCCGGUUUCAGAAUCUAAAGUCGUCUAGGUUUUUGUGACCUGCAAAAAUUUGCUUUGGAGAUUAAAUUAGUUGACAUUUGGCAUAUAUCCAUCAAUGCUAUAAAUCCUUAGUCUGCAGAAUGGCUUGUGUUCAAUGUCAUAAAUGGGAGCAUAAAAUAUUACAUCAUACCACUUCUAAUAGUGUAAUAUUUCUUAGAGCAGAACAAACCGGGUAAAUUGGAGUGUUUCUGAAUAUCCGUGUGGGGAAUCAGUGUAUACGUAAUUAAAUUGUUUUAUGUUCUUUUUUUUUUUUUUACUCUUUUGUCCAUUGGUUACAUUUUCAUCUACUUUCAAUAAAUCAGUCUGCUGAUCCCUGCUGCAAAUACACAUUUUUUUUUUUUCUUCUUGUAGCCAAAUAAAUUAAGCUGUAGGGGUGUUUGGUUUUGAACCCAAGCCAAAAUUGUAAUGAAAUAUAUCAGAGUGAUGGCUGUUUAUGUUAUAUCUAAAGUAACUGCAUUGCUGAGAUUUCUCAAUCUUAUUGUGUGUCAUUUAUGAUGCUCUGUAGAUCCCCUUUUCGGUGUGAAUUUUGUGUAUAUUCCCAGAAAAUAAUGAUGAACUAGUUUAAAGGGACACUAUAGUCACCAGAACAACUACAGCUUAUUGAAUUUGUUCUGGUGAGUAGAAUCAUUACCUUCAGGCUUUUUGCUGUAAACACUGUCUUUUCAGAGAAAAUGCAGUGUUUUCAUUACAGCCAAAGGAUAACUUCACUGGCCACUCCUUAGAUGGCUGUUAGAGAUCCUUCCUGGAUCAUGGCUGCCUAAAAUGCAUCCAAACAUUCAGUGUCUCCUCCCUCUGCAUGCAGACACUGAACUUUCCUCAUAGAGAUUCAUUGAUUCAAUUCAUCUCUAUGAGGAGAUGCUGAUUGGCCAGGGCUGUGUUUGAAUUGUGCUGGCUCUGCCCCUGAUCUGCCUCCUUAUCAGUCUCAGCCAAUCCUAUGGGUAAGCAUUGUGAUAGGAUCAGGCCACCACUUCUAAUGAUGUCAGCAGACUGCUUGUUUUUCUGCGUCUAACAGCAUGCAGAGUUACAGCUAUAGGCUUGAAUACAGUAAGAUGUUGCUAUAUUUAUGGAGGCAUUAGGGACCCAGGGGGGCUAGAUGGUGGUGUUAACACUAUAGGGUCAGGAAUACAUGUUUGUGUUCAUGACCCUAUAGUGAUCCUUUAAAAAGGGACUUUAUGCUACUAAAAUCAAAAGGGCUUAUACUGUCUUUUAUUUAUAAACUGUGAGAAGCUUAUUCAUAUUGUAUUGAAACUAUUGACACAAUUAACAAUAUGCCCUUGAAAAUUAUGGCAGAAUGUAUUUCUUUGUAGCUGAUUUAUAAGAAACGACUUAAUGAAAAGAAUGCUCAUUAUGUGGUUUUGCUAUCUAUACCUCAAUUUGUAAUUUAGCUAAAUUUCCUGUGCUAGAUAUAGGCAUGUCUGUCUCAGGUGGGGGAACAAGCCACUUAAUUAAAACAUACCAUCUAAUUCCCAGCACAAUAUCUGCUUUCUAUGUCGUUUUCAUUAAAAAAAAAAAAAAAAAGGUAAUUUUUUUUUUUCUUGCAAUUUUGAUAUGACCAGUUGUGAGAGGUUAUUAAAUGGAACUUGGGGAUAAUUUAAAGGAUUAUAUUGUGGGUUUUAUGGAUCUCUAAAAAUGGCCGGAUGUUGGGUUGCCUUUUAAUGUUAAGGUUUGACAUUUCAUGUUUAAACUAUUAUUCCUCUGAUCUUCAGCCAGAAUAAGUUUUGUCAUGGACUGUGUAAUGAUCUGUUGGCUGUAUAUCCUGAUGAUGGACCUGUUAAUCUUCGAGACAAUCCAUCACCUUCAACUGUCCAUAAGACUAUGUAAUGUCACUGUUGCUGUUUGGAACUCUGACAAUCAGGCAUUGGUCUUUCUUUCUCAUGUUUUUUACCCUCCGACACACAGUGCCUCUCAACAUAAUUAUGUUGGUGAAUAAAAACCAUCUCAAGUCUGUCUUGUAUAGAAUUGUGGGCUCAGGCUGCCUCCUUAUGGAAUGGCAGCAUUUGAGUGAACUACUUCACGUUUACAACUGGGUUCAGUAAAUGUUGUUGUUGUUAUUAUAAUAAUAAUAAAUUGUGAGUUUUAUAGUGCUUUUCUCCCUGUGAGUCUCAAAGCACUUUACAAGUAUACAAAUCUAAAGACCUAAAAGUUAGGAGUUUCUGAAGGUCAGCUGAGCAGACUGAAUGCCUGAUGGAAGAGGUGGGUCUUUAGCUUUUUUUUUUUUAAACAGUCUGUAAUGACGGUGCCUCUCUGAUUGCGCACGGUAGGGAGUUCCAGAAGGUAGGGGCAGCGUGGCUGAAUGCAAUGGAACCUGAGUCUGUCUUUAUUCUUGGCACUGACAGGAGGGUUUUGCUGGCUAACCGAAGUGAGUGGGAUGGAAUGUAGGGUGUCAGGAGCUCUUUCAGGUACUGUGGGCCUUUAUUGUUUAAGGCUUUGAAGGUCAGGAGGCCAAUUUUAAAAUAUGUUCGCCAUUUAAUUGGAAGCCAGUGUAGGGAGUGGAGAAGAGGUGUUCUGUGGCAGGAGUGAGUUUGAUUGGUUAGUAGUCUGCUGCAGCAUUUUGUACCGUCUGAAGGCGAUGGAGUUCUUUUUUUGGGAGGCCCAAGUAAAGUACAUUGCAGUAAUCUAGCCGAGAGGAUACAAAUGCAUGGAUUAAUGUUGACAUAUCAUCCGGUGGAAUUAAGUGUUGUAUCCUGGCUAUGUUUUUCAGAUGAAAGUAGGCAGAUUUUAUUAUGGAGGAAAUCUGCUGUUUAAAUGAUACUCCAGCACUCCGAGGUUUCGUACCUUUGAACUGAUGAGUCCAGAGCCUCCAGGCCAGUUGAGUGGUCGUGGGAUAUUUUUCUUGCCUGGGAACCCUCUCCAAGAGUAACUCCGUUUUGUUAUGACCCUGGCAGUCAAGGCAUUCCAUAGCACAAUUCCCAGGAUUUGGUACCUUGGUCAACAGAAGUCUAACUCAUCGUAAGCUUAGAGGGUUACUCCAAACACCACGACUACUUCAGUGAAUUGAAGUGGUCGUGGUGCCUGGAGUAAAUGUAUGCAGCAUUUCAGUAGGAAACACUGCACAUAACAUCUUUGCUGAAGGAGUUGUAACUCCAGCUCCUGCAGGGUCAUUGGGACGUUGUUGGCCAGCCUAGAAGAAUGCUAAUGGUUAAAGUCAGUUUUGUGCAAAUUUGCACGCACAUUAUAUCAUUCAUUGACUGAGAACAAUCAGCUGAAAUUCUCAGCCAAUGAAUGGAGAUUGUAUUGGCUUCUAACUUCUGUAGCUUUGCAGAGGCAAUACGUGUAUAGUCCUGCAGUAGAGGAGCCUUGGAUCCUGACGAGGAUAAACGGUUAUUAAACAAUUUUCCCUGUUACCAGUGAACCAGGCCUGGGCACUGCUCCUCACAUCAUAACAUUUACAGAUGGCUGUGGUGGUUACGACGCUUGGAGUAAUCCUUGAACCUUCGCUUAGGUCUCUAAACCAGCUGUACCAUCUUGUAACAUGGUAUAGAAUGCCCUGAAUUUGUUUCUGUUUGAGGUAGAAACAACAUUACUUUGAAUGUAAAUGUAUACUAUUAGGCAAACUUUAUUUAUUAUUUUUUUUCUUUAACACAUCUUUAAACCUCUAUUGAACGUUUUCACUGUUCGUUGCUCCCGUUUUUAUAUGUAAAUCCCUCUAAUCGUUAUGUAGACCAUUUUUUUUUUUUUAAAUAUUCAGUGUGUUUCAUUCUGAUUAUUGUCCAUGAUAAUUUGUAAUCUCGUUGUAUAGUGUUUGCUCGUCUUGAUACUUGUUCCCGUUAGUUCUACAUGCGCGGGUUCGUAUUGAGAUGGAAAUGAAUGUAAUAUAGCCAGGGAGAUGGAUAAAGACUUGUAAGUCAUUCUUCUGUCUUCAGAUAAUGCGGUGGAGGAGAAUGAAAUAGCUAAUUGUGUGACACCUGCGCUGUGUUCAUUUUGCUGUAAUCAGUCUUGGCAGGGAUCCAUUUUCCUGGUUCUCACUGCUGUCACUUUCUCCUCCCUGCAAGUAAUGUAUUGCCACAGUGCUGGUAAUGAAGGGGUUACGCUGAGGCACUUGAGUCCCCUUUGACUAUGUUGCAACAUUUAUUAGAGCAGGGGUUCACAAACUUACCCAUAACAGAAUGCUGAGAAAGUUUGACUUGUAUAAGAGCCCCUGUGACUGCCUACUUACAGGCAUGGAGGGAAGUAUCUAUAUAUUUUUUUUAAUUUAUUUUGGUAGUCACUUUCUCAUAAACACUAUAUUGGGCUUGAAAACCUUAAGGCUUUGAAGGCACAAAGGAGCACAGACUUUUUUUUUUUUUUUAAAGAGUGAUGUGGAUAGUAGUGUAGUAGUGGGAGUUGUUGAGAUUUUUUAGGACAAAUUACAAACUUUCUUCACAUUUUCCAGUUUAGCAAAUUACCACUUAGGUUCUGGGCAUAUUGGUAGUUACUGCUGAAUUAUGUUUUUAAGUGCCCAUAUUGUAAGAUUACAUUUAAUAGCUCUUCGUUCUCAUAGUUUUGUUCAUCUGAAGGCCUGAAAUCAAUUGCAGUAGGAAAAAUACAGGGAUUUUUGAAAUUUCUAUAAAUGUUGCAGAUAUAGUGCAUUUAGAAGUGAAUGUUGUACAGUCCUCGUGGGUAUAAAUUAUGCAUACGGAUCAUGGCUAAAUAAAAAAUAUUUAAUGGUUUAUUCCUUAAACUAAGAAUUGUUGAGAAUUGGCAAACAAUGGGGCGGGGGGAAAAAACCCAAAACAAUCAGCCAAAAUCAGUGUGGCUUACCAGUGUGGCUUAUUUUGCACUAAAACCUGUGAUUCCCUUGUCUGUAAUACGAGAUUCCUCGUUUAGUGAACAGAUCCUUAUUGUAUCUGCUUGUCUUUCCCCCUUGUGAGGAUCAUGUGAGUCUCCACCAAGGUCAUGUUAAAUUUAGAAAACCGCCCUUCUCGAUGGCAUGACCUGUGCCCUUGGUGCCCGUGGAGGGGUAUUCGAUUAAUGCUUAUUGUUCUGUGUCUGUCUAGGCUCUGGUGCUCUCCCUUGCCAUGUUGUCUCCAAAAUAAUGAGGUUUUGUUUGCUCAAGACCUUGGCUUUUCACUAUCUCUUGAGUGCUGAGCAGCAAUACUGUACAUCUGUUUUCGACAAAGCACUUGACACACUAUAGUGCCAGCAUGUAAUUUUUAUUUGAAGAUCUUUUCGCCUGCUAUUUUUUUUUAUUUAUUUUUUGGAACGUGAAGUGCUGAACAGAGAUGUAUUUUUUUUUUUUUUUUUAAAUAACAUAAACAGUAAUUCCACAUUAAUUUCUGGUUUCUCUGUGAAUGAUUGUUUUUUUUGGAAGAAAGAUGCCAGUUUUAAGAUGCAAUUCACAAGUUCAGGUUUGUAUUUAGAAUAACCAGCUGUAUGCAUCUCGAGAAAGGCAGCUGCAUGUCUUUUUUUUUUUUUUUUGUUCUUUCCUAAAGAGUCUCCUGCAUUUGCAAUGAUAAUUUGAGAUCCUCCCACUCUGAUUUCUGUUUUAUCACAUCUAAGCAUUCCGUAUGAAACUAAGAAAUAGGAAAAUUAUUCUCCAAUCAUGAAAAGAAAACGGACUGAAAAUAUCUAGUAGGAUGUUAUGACUUGAUUUUAAUAUCAUCUUCUUACAGGGACGUAAAAGGAGACGAGAAAACAGCUUCUUGUGCCAUAAACAAAAGUACAAAGAUGCAUGCGUUGUCCCUUUAAACUAGAAAUCUGCUUUUCUCUGGAAAGCCUUACCCUGAGGAUAAGAUUAUAAUGACAAUUCUAUAUCUGUAACUGAAAGCAGGUGACAAUGAGUUGUGUAGCUGACAGAUUAAAUAAAUAUCUGUAGAGGUCUUAAAAUCGAGAAAAAAUAAAUCUAAAAAAAAUCUACUUUUGAUUUAAGUAGCUGUAGAGAGAUUGCCGAAGGGUAUUUUAGAAACCAUUUUCACCAUGAUUCUUCAUUUUCCAUAUGAUGAAUAGGAUGACAUGAGACCUAAAUGAAGAUGUAACUGUACUUUCAUGCUUGUCUGUUACAUUGGUUUUGAUGAUUUCUGUACCCCGAGCUGGCUUUCAGCAUUGGGUGUCCACUAAUAAAUGGCCUGCUUUUUUUUUUUUUUUUUUUUUUUUCUUUAGAUUAGAAUCGUCAUUUGGUGAAAUAGUCUAAACCAAAACCUGCUCACACAAAGAUCACAGGCCUGCAUGGUAGCUGCUGUCCCAUACUUCCAGACACAAGCGUGCGCACCUACAACUGCACUCUCCUUUUCCAUGCGCACACACAAGCUACACUCCCUCCUCUCUUCCAUCUCCUGUAGAAUGAUUGUGGUUUUGGAGGUUGCUUUCCAACACAAUGUGCAGCCACAUCACCAGUUCUGGCUGUAGCUUUACUAAUGAGGAAGGCUCAAGCAUACAGCAGAGGUAUGCACUUGCGUCCCUGGUGGCCAGUCUCUUCAUACACAUUAUUGAACCACUAAAGGCAUCCACACCACUUGAUCUCAGUGUGGUGGUGUGGGUGCAGUGGUCCUGUAGUUUUAACACUGCAAUCUAAAGAAUUGCAGUUUAGUAGGUACAUUGCAGGGUUAAACAGGCUUCAUGUGGCUAUAAUUAUUAUUAUUAUUAUUUAUACAGUGCCGGCAAACUCUGCAGUGCUGUACAAUGGGUGGUCUAACAAACACAUAAUUCCUGACACACUAGAGUCGAUUCUGCUGUAAGAACCAGGUCAAUCUCGAUUGUCACAGCUAACCUCCAUUUAGAGAGCUGCUGACCACACACGUGCUUUUUGUACCCAAUCAGGGGGUGACAACCAUAACGGUUGUCACUGGCCCGGCCCAUCGGGUGGCCCACACACUUAGGGCCACCCGGUGGGCCCUAUAUCUUCAGGGGCCCGGUCAGCGCUGUGGCCGUGGUAUAGCGUGACAGGGCCCCUUUAAAAAAAAAAAAAAAAAACAGCCGCAAGUGCUGGUCACUUCCUCCCAGCUCACUCCACGCGGGAAGAGCGCGCGCACCAGAAAAGAGAGCCAGGCAGUGAUGAGGGAGCCGCGCCGACUCCCAUUAGCUCCAGCCACCCUCCUGCAAAGAAAAGGUAAGAGACAGGAGGGUGGCUGGGAAACGAGCUGUCUGUGUAUGUAUGUGUGUGUGUGUGUGUGUGUAUGCAUGUCUGUGUGUGUAUGUAUGUAUGCAUGUCUGUGUGUGUAUGUCUAUGUAUGUAUAUCUGUCUGGAUGUCAUUAUAUAUGUAUGUCUGGAUGUCUGCAUAUCAUUAUGAACGUAUGUCUGUAUGCCAUUAUAAAUGUAUGUGUGUAUGCAUGCAUGCAUGUAUGUCUGUAUGCCAUUAUAAAUGUAUGUAAGUGUAUGUAUGUCGGGGUGUGUGUGUGUGUGUGUGUAUGUGUCUUUAUGUCCUCAUGCAGGUGUGUAUGUUAGUAUGUGUCUGUCACUAUGUAUGCCUGUGUGUAUGUUAGUAUGUGUCUGUCACUAUGUAUGCCUGUGUGUAUGUCUCAGUAUGUAUGCAUGUAUGUCUGCUUCAGUAUGUGUGUCUGUUUAGUAUGUAUCUGUGUCCUUUUGUAUCAGUGUGUGUGUUUGUGUCUGUCUGUGUGUGUAUUCCUGUGGGCGGUAUUUGGAGGCGGACCCAGUGGGCGGUAUUUGGAGGCGGGCCCAGACCCUGAGCUGAGUUAGGAGCCCCAAUAUUUCUGGUGGCGGCCCUGUACCCAAUGCUCAUCUAUGAGAGGCGUUGGAUUGGACCAAAGAGGAAGUAUCUGCGUGACAUCGCAAAAGACUGAACGAGUGGUUGCAGGAACUGGAUCUCUGUGCUAGAAAAAGAAAGACAGGCCUCAAUAUCUUGUCCUAUGUAUCGACACUGCAUUUGCCUCAGAGGCCUGUCCCUAUGUAAUGGACAGGAAUGAAUAAACAUUACUUUGAUGAAUUUGUGGGUGGGGGAAACAUGAUAAUGGUUACAUUUUUUUCAGUAUUGUUAGUUUUUAAAAUUGUACUAUACACUGGAUUAACACAGUUAAAGUGAUAACUAAAUCACUAUAACUUUCUAUGUGCGUUGGAUAGGUUAUGGUGGAAGAUGUUCUCCUGCCCCGUCUGCUUUCAUUCUGUUAACGUUACAGCAAUUUGUAAACAUCACUGCUGUUUUAAACCAUCGACUUAGAAUACGUAGACGCCGCAUUGCGUGCUGAGCGGCGAGAAAUGCGGGUGCCGUCUUGGACCUGUCGCCGCUGUACUCAAGCUAUUGAGGAACACUUGGAAAGUCCAUCUCACAAAAGGUAAGUGAAGGACUUGGGGCACUUGUAGUCCUUAAUACCCUUACCCCUGCAUACACACUGUUAAUACCCCUAUCCCUGCACACAUAGUGUUAAUACCCCUAUCCACUAUGUGUGCAGGGAUAGGGGUAUUAACAGUGUGUAUGCAGGGGUAGGGGUAUUAAGGAUUAUAAGUGCCCCAAGUCCUUCACUUACCUUUUGUGAGAUGGACUUUCCAAGUGUUCAAUAGCUUGAGUAGAGCGGCGACCGGUUCAAGAUGGCGCCCGCAUUUCUUGCCGCUCAGCACGCAAUGCCAUUGACGUGCGGCGUCUAUGUAUUCUAUGUCUACGUUAUAAACCUCUACCCAGUCACCUUAUCACCACUGUAACUGAUGUAACAUGCUUAGUGUGUGUUGGGCCACAGUUUUAUUGGUUCUCAAAGCUGUUUAUUAGAUGUAACAGUCAAAUACAGUAUAACGGACACGGAGGUCCUGGCAAAAUCUGAAUGAUCAACAUUUAAACAGUGGUAUACUAUCAUACAGGAAUUUAGAGUAAAUGUGUACAACAAGCGAGAUUAGUCAGGAGGAUGCUCGGGUUGCGAUUUAUAAAUUGUCAUACUUAUGGGCUGUAUGCUGAAUUCGACUUAUUUGAGGUGUUCAUAAUAACUUUUUAAGCAUAAGACUUUGCUUCAUGGGGGAUAUGCAGGUUAUUAAAGGACGUGGGUGCUCAGGGUGUGCUUAGGUGAGCUGUCUUGUUGGUCAAAUGUCUUAUUGUGUCCAGUGGAGUUAUUAGAGGGUGUCUCCGCCCUAGCUUAUUGGGUAAUAUGUGUUUGUCUGAUUCCUUCGGGGCGGUCCAUCAUUAAGGUCUGUUUUUGUCCGGGGAGAUCAUCUUAUGUCUCUGGGGUGUCUGUCCCCAUAGUGUUCCUCAAGUAAUUCGAUGUCUUUGCUGUGUAGUUACCUUUUAAUAUCCCCUUGUCGCCUGCAGGUCUCAUCCCUGAUGAGAUGGUGAAGGUUAUCUGACCUACUUUGGAGGUCAUUAGCUGUUUACGUGUUUUCCCUGUUUGUGUUUCGUGAUGUUAUGGUUGAGGUGUUCGCCCCUAGACAGAUGUUUGACUGUGAAUAUGUAGUGUAUCCGUUGGUAACCUCGAGUUGAGUUGGACUGCAUCUGUUAUUCAGUCAGCUUAUAUAUCAUCGUUGGAGAACUUGGAUGAAAGAGAGAUAAGAAAAGUAAAGAGGGGGGACAGAGGAAGAGGCUAAAGAAAGGGUGGGUAGGGGGGUGUAGUGGGUUAGGGGAUCCCAUUGCCUGUGUCUGUGGUUACCAUGACUGUCGUAUUGGGUCUCAUUCUCCAUCCGGGAGGGGGCGCUGUGUUCCUGGGUCUGCUGGCAUUCAUUCCUGUCCGUGUUUCGGUCUGCUAUAUAGAGCAGCCAGGGGCGCCAUCUCUCCACAUGUUUGUCCUCAAGACCCAUUAGGGCGGCCUGUGUUGAUUCUGCACUAUAUAUCUCUUCCACCCGCUCCAUCCAUUGUCCUAUUGUUGGGAUAGCUGUCUGUUUCCAGUAUAGUGCUUUGGCAGCGUUUAACAGGUGUCAAUGAAUGUUUUUCCGAUAUGCCCCUAUGGUGUCUGGUGUGGAGUGCAAGAGAGCUGCCCUGCGUCAAGAUUUUCGUCCGUCCCUAAGAUGUCCUCUGUUUUCUGUUUUACUUCUUCACAAAAUGGCGUAAUGAGUGGGCAUUCCCACCAUAUGUGUAGUGGUGUACCUCGCUCUUCUCCACAUCUCCAGCAUGUGUCAGGUACAUUUGGAAAGAUCCUGUGUAGGCUAUCAGGUGUUCUGUACCAAAAUGAGAGAAGUUUGUAGUUUGUUUCUUGGUAUUGGGAACUCGACGAGCAUUUAUGGUGCAGUAUGAGGACCUUAUCCCAUUGGGCCGUGGUGAAGGAUGUGCCCAACAUGCGUUCCCAGCGUCUGCGGAAUUGGUCGUUGUUGGUAAGGUGUCCCACUAGCAUGUGUUGGUAUAGACUGGAUACCAUCUUAUCUAGGGUAUUCUUGUGUUCGCAGAGCGUUUCGAACCACGAUAGGUCCCUAUGUAGGGCUUCCUUGUUCGGGAGUGUCUGAUAGUAGGACCUGAGUUGCAUAUAACAAAAGGUUUGUAGGCUAGUGGGUUGGUUGCCCGCCAGCAGUUCCCUCAGGGGGGUCAUGCGCGCGUUGUUUAGUACCCUGUGGAUGAGGAAUGAUUCCCCCUCUCCAAGGAAAGUCCACAAUGUCGGGGGCAGUCCUCCUCCUAUCUGAGGGUUAUGUUGUACUUGAAUCAUCGUGCUUGGUGUUGGAGAUACAUGUGGAGCUCUUCUGAUAGUAUCCCAUGCUUUCAUUGUCUGCGCUACGGUAGAAGUUGGUUCAAGUAUCACCCGUGGUAGUCUCUUUGAAUUCCACACUGACGUCAGAAAGGAGGGGCCAAUAUGGCUUUUAUCUAGGUCGAUCCAUUGUUUGUGUGCUGGUUGAGUAUGCCACUCCAGUACCCGUUGUAGUACUGUCGCCGGAUGGUAUUUGCGCAAAUCAGGGAGCACUAGUCCCCCCCCAUGCUCGCGGAAAACGUAGAACCUCCUGUCGGAGCCUUGCCUGUUUCCCAUUCCAGACGAACGUCACCAUCGCGGAUCUGAGUGACGUGAAGUAUGCUGUUGGCAGAGCUUGUGGGAUCGUCUGGUAUAGAUAUAAUAUCCGCGGUAGUAUAUUCAUCUUGAGGAUUGCAAUCCGGCUGAACCAUGAUAUGUGGGGCUACGCCCAUGUCUUCAGAUCUUGUUGUACUCGUUGCAGCAGUGGUAAGAAGUUCGUUCGGUACAUGUCUCCCAGAUCUCUGGUUAGUGCUAUUCCCAGAUAUUGCAUGUGAUUCGCGCACCAACAGAACGGUAUUUGUUUUUUUAAUGCGUCUGCUUGGGCCGUCGGGACCGUAACGUUAAGUACUUCGCAUUUGUUCAUAUUCAGUUUGAACCCCGAGACCUCCCCGUAGUUAUUAAGCAUAGUUAUCAGGUGGGGCAUUGUUGUCUCUGGGUUUGUGAUAAAGAAUAAAAGGGGCCACAGUUUUAAGUAGCAUACAAAUCCCAAAUACCUAGAACUGGCUUUCUCAUUUGUUGUUGUAUACGAGAGCUUGGAUAUGUAUUUACACUGUUGUAAAAUUAGAAAAAAUAUUUUAAUUACAAAGCCUCCUUUUUUUAAAUGUAAUUUUUUUUUUUUUUUUUUUAUACACACUUUGCUCUCUACAGUGUAUUUCCAUCCCCUUUAACCUCCUAUAUACAUGGAGACGAAGGUAAAUCCAUAUUUUCCAAAUAAGGGAUUUGUGCAUACAUGUGAAAAAUCAAUGAAUUAAUUUUAUAUCAGUCAAAGUGCACCUAAUAGAUUAAGAGGAAUGGAAAUACAGUGCGUAGAAAUUAAAGAGGAACUUUUAUUUAUCACAAUAUUUUAAGAUUAUGUUUAAUAGUUCCCUAUAUUGAAUAGCAUGAAAUAAUUUUAAAAGGUUUAUCCAAUAUGUAUUCGUGAAGUCAGCAUAAAGAGAGGAGAAAUUAAACAUUGUUUAUUGUUGCUUCUCAAUACAGAAACAUAGAAACAUAGAAUGUGACGGCAGAUAAGAACCAUUCGGCCCAUCUAGUCUGCCCAAUUUUCUCAAUAGUUUCAUUAGUCCCUGGCCUUAUCUUACAGUUAGGAUAGCCUUAUGCCUAUCCCACGCAUGCUUAAACUCCUUUACUGUGUUAACCUCUACCACUUCAGCUGGAAGGCUAUGCCAUGCAUCCACUACCCUCUCAGUAAAGUAAUACUUCCAGAUAUUAUUUUUAAACCUUUGUCCCUCUAAUUUAAGACUGUGUCCUCUUGUUCUGGUAGUUUUUCUUCUUUUAAAUAUAGUCUCCUCCUUUACUGUGUUGAUUCCCUUUAUGUAUUUAAAUGUUUGUUUCAUAUCCCCCCUUUCUCGUCUUUCCUCCAUAAAAUCAGUUUAUCUUGCGUUGGCUGGGAAUCGAACCCUGGUCAACUGCUUGGAAGGCAGCUAUGCUCUCCACUAUACCACCAAUGCACUAUGUGCCCUAACUGUGUCAUGACUGACCUGGUUUGUACUAUACAAAUAUAUACACCUUACAAAUACAUGACGUAUAGAUGCAAACAGAGUAGAAAUGGUUCUCCCCCACGGUCAUUUUCUAUGUGUUAAAACAAAGCCAGGUAGUUACAAUGUCUAAUCACUGUUUCAGGUAAAUUUGUAGUACGAUAAAAUUACGCAUGGAUGCCAGGCGUACUAAAGUUUCUCGAUCAUUUUGUAGAAACAUGUAUUUAAAUGCUCUGAAAAAUGUAAAACGGGCUUCAUCUGUUCCAGACCAAGGGUAGCAUUAGCAGAAAUGAUCGCAGGUUAAUUGGCAUCCCACCUUUAGCUUUUAUAGCGGCAAUUCAGUUUUUUCCACUGCUUACAGAAUAAUUACAUGUCAAGUUAUUUCUAAAGAUAUUUUAUUUUAGCAUAUGUGUGUGGGGUACAAAUCACAUUUCCAGCAUUGUUGUCUCUCUGCGAGAUCGUAUCACAUCUAUUUUUAAUUUUAAAAUAUCUAUUAUCCUGUUUUUUAUCCAGAAACCCCCUACCAUUUUAGCAUAACAGGGGAUAGGCGACUCACCUGGUUUUUGCAUUAAAAGUAGGACAGCUUCCCUUGGUCACCCAGGGAGCAUAGUGACGGUGACAGAAUACUAAACAAAUUGCCAUCAGCGAGAGCUUAAAUGAUUAUGUUGGUAAAACCCCUGAAAGGUUGUCUGCUAACCCGCGUGCAUUGAAUGCUUGGUCUCUUGGGUAAACUAACUUUUUUUUUGGAUUAUGCAAUAAUACACACUGUAAAAAACUGCGGAUUUAUUUUACUGUAAAAUCAAUGGAAUCCCAUUUUAUUUCUUAACAUGCAUUUAUUUUUGGCCUUCUGUGAAUUCAACACGUGUGUCCAGAAGGCUGUUUUUGUUUGAAAGUUAGGAUAACACAAACCACACACACACUGAUAACAGCAGCUGAGCAGAGAGCUCCAAGGCUGUGAUGUCCAGCCGUGGUUCCUCAGUUGAUCCUGAAUUGCAUUUCUAAUGGUUCAGAAAUAGGGGACAAGAAUGUAAAUAAUCAUAUAUAAGCAUAGCUGACGUCAGGGACAUCUAUCGAGCCUUGGCACACUGGAUGUGUUUGAACUUGCCUUCAGGCUAGCUGAGAAUCAUGGGACAUGGCUUCUCUGAUUUAUAAAUACUAAGGCUGUCAUUGUUUUGAAGAUCUGUAGUUAGUAUCUUUCAUCGUUUUUAUGGUGUACAGCAAUUCUUGGUUGGUUGAGCAGCAUGAGAGUUGUGGAAGAUAUUGAUAGUCACUCGGAAAGCUGAAGGUUAACCACCUCUGAUUAGAUUAUAAUUAUUGAAAUCUAAAAUUUAAUGAAAGGGACACUAUAGUCUCCAACACAACUUUGGCUUAAUGAAGCAGUUUUGGUGUGUAGAUCAUGCCCAAUACUCUAUUCUAUUCCAUGUAAGAUUUAAAUUACUUUAUUUAUACAGCCCUAGUCACACCUUCCUACAGGUGACUUUUGCUUGCUGUAAAGUGAGAUGUAACUUCCUUUAUUGCACAGUCUGUUUAAUUUAGAAUUUCACACCCCUCCAACCCUCCCCGGCGGCAUCCAUUUUCUGAAAUUUUACUUUCAGGAAACGUGGAGUGCCGCCAGGAAAGGGCAUCACUGAUUGGCUGAGAGUGGUCAGCUGAUUUUCUCACCCAACCAGUGACUCCCCAUUCAAUAUACUAGCGUAGAAGAAUUUUGCCAACUUUCUGGCAUCCGAAUCUGUUCCAAUACUCCUUUCUGUGGGAGGACCCUUCUGUUUUCCCUGUCAGUCAAUUGAAAUAUAGCAUGAAUAAUUUGAUGGGUGGGAGAAAAAACUAUAUUUUUAAGACUGUGUCUAAUUUCCAAGCUAUACAUUUGCUAGCACAAUAUAGAGGUGGAAUUCCAUGCUGUUUCUAAAGAACUUGAUUGGUUUGGGGAAUGAUGUCUCCCCUUUAAGACCGUCAAAAUUUUAAUGUUUUAACAUUUGAUGUCCCCAAACCCAAUGCCGAACGAAAAGAUUUAGAAUGGAGGCGUGUGGCAUUUGUUGCACAUGCAACGCAGGUGCACAUAUAUUAUCCAUCAGGAUGAUGGAGACGCGGAACGCCCCAAAUAGAGUUAUAUUGAUUCAAUGCAUCUCUAUGAAGAAAUGCUGAUUGGCGCAACACAGUGUUUUGGCACGCAUACUAUGGGAAAACAUUGGUGUGGCUGAGAUCAUCAAGAUUGAUGAUCUCAGCCCUGGAGGCGGGGCCAGCCGCGGCAAGACCAGUGCAGCCAGUGCGAUAAAGUGGGUAAAAUUACCUUUUUCAAUGCAAUCUGUAAGGCGGGGACCUAAAAAGCCACUUCAGCGCUAUCUUGUUAGGAGUACAUUUGUUUGUAUUCGAAACAUUAUAGUGUUCCUUUAAAUAAUGUCUUGCAGUUUAAAUGAAACCAGGAGGCUGCACUCACCUGAUCAUGCAUACAUAGGGUGCUGUGGGGGCCAAUUUAUAUUUAAAUGAGCCUGCCACAUUACUUAUUUUCUUUUGAGUAAUUCCUUUUAUUGCAUCUGUAUACCUAAUCAUGUCCUCGUUUUUCCUCCUCUUCCUUGUCCCUGUUUUAUAAUAUUAUCAUCAAAUGUCGGUUGUAGCAUGUUUGAGAGUUAAUUAAUGUCGUCGUAAUUGUAUUUUGUGCCUUGUUUUAGAAUAAAAUAAACAAAAAAAAAAACAUGAGAUCUGUAGAAAACAAAUGUUUUUCAUUAAAUUUAUUCAGAAUUGUUCUUCCAGUACAGCUGGCAUAUUUAAUUUCCUUGUGAAACGGUACAUUUAUUUUAAAUGUAAUUUCCUGUGCAAGUAAGAAGUACUAAGGUGGCCAAGUAAGCUUUUAUUUUUUUAUUUAUUCCCCCACCCCCCCUCAAAUCUGAUUCAGAAAUAUUAUUGGAGCAUUGCAAUCUCAUCCUGAUACAAUGAUAGGAACUAUUACUAAGUACUGAUCUCUAACCCAGCAAUGAAUAGGUUAGCACAACAUAGAUAAAUCUACUUUCUCCAUAACAUUCAUAAAUACUUGUCAAAUUUCCUUAGCCUGCGGGAAAAUGGUCAAGGAAAUCUGAUUACAUUGUAACAAUUCGUCUAAGGAUUUUGGCACCAGGACGAGGGGCAUUCCAGGCUGGAUUUGCAACUUCUCUUUUGAUGCCUCGUGGAGAUUAUGAAUUUGUCCUCAUUCUCAGGAAAUCCCCUGGAUUGGCUAAUUCAGCAGAAAUAUUACUGAACGCCCCAGCCAAUCCUAGACCAUUCAACAGAACAUCAACAAUUAAAGUGGAACUGUCAACUUUGGAGGUGACAUCACCGCGGGUGGGGGGAGAGUGGGGAGUGGGGCAGGUAAAGGUGAGAUUUACUUACUUGAACCUGUCCCUUGCGGGCACCGCCAUGUUUCUUUGGCGGGUCCUCUUCAUGGAGUGCCAGGAGUUGAAGUCCCUACGAGAGUAGAGCAUCAAGGUCCUCCAUAGACAGAGCCAAUUUCCUGCAUCCAUCACUGGGGGGAGGAUUGACACUUCUAGUCGGCAUUCGCUCCGCCCACUGUCUAGAAGUGUCAGGCGUAAGAAAUAUACAGAGACAAAGUAGUCCCUGCUUAGUCUCCGUAUAUCCCUAGACUGGGUUGGGAUUUCAGUACUAUUCCUACACAGUCAAAAUUAAUAUUUCAUAAAGAAUCUUAAUAAAAAGGAGAACACUAGCUUUAGGUAUGCAGGUUUGUUUUCCCAGAAGUGUAGUGUAGUUUCAGAAUGCGUACUGUGGAGGUGCAAAUGGACUUGUUUGGUAUUCAUCCUAAUUAGCUAGAUGUCAUUGUUCACCUCUCUUUCACACGUUAAAGAAGCAGAAAGAGGGGUCCAUUGUAACUUUAGAAUAUACAAAUAGACGUUUGUUUUUUGUUUUAGUUUUUUCCCCACUUCUUGCAUUUACCGUAUGUCUUCAUAUUGUAAUUCACCACUGAACUGAUUGGCUAUAUCUCCUGGAAUGGGAUUUAACAGAGUACCCCGAACACCCCUGACUUUUUUCCUCCUGGUCAAAAAUGUACUAAUGGCUGUCUGUAUUCUCCCAUCACCUCGUACCUCCUCACUGCCUGUCUAGCGGAUCUCAGAAGCUCCAAUCUUACUGCUACUUUUGGUAUUUAUCACAGUUGGAGAAUGUGAAUGGUGUAACUUUAUUCAUACCCUCUAGACCAGGGGUAAAACAGUCGGCACAUCAGAUGCUGUGGACUUCAUCUCCCCUAAUGCAAAGCAUCAUGGGAGAUGUAGUCCACAACAUCUAGAGUGGUGAUGGUUUACACCCUGAUCAUGUUAGUCAUUUUUAUUUUAAAAAAAAAGUCUACAAACGUAAGUGACAAAGAAGUAGACCCACUAUUAUAGCCGUCUCAACAGAAGUAGGGUAAGCCACCUUCAUUUUAAAUUUUUAUUUUAUUUAAAAAAAAUUUUUUUUUUGUGCAGUGACGUGAUAAUCGUGUUAAUGGGAUUUUUGAAGUUCUAUUAUUCUGUUUAGCAUAGUCAUGUGUAGUUCAAAAACAAUGGCAGUGUCAGGAUUAUAGUGGAUGCAGCACGCAUAAUAGUAUCACACCUAGGACUAAGGAUAACGUAUAACCGGACCUUAGAAUGGCCGGACUUAACGUACUUGAGAAUAGUCAAAAUACUUGCCGAGGUCAGGGACACAGAAAGAGACACAACGAUGAGGAAAGCCAGAAGUCAAGGAUACCAAAAAUUAGGGAAGACAAAUACCAGAAAAACUCAAUCUGGAACAUACUCACGGAUAACCAGCUAGUGGAAACCAUGACAGGACACGGACCAAAAGAUAAUUUGGGUUUAAAUAACCCUCCUUAGGCUGUAAUUGGCUGUCUCUGACCCCAAAUCGUGCGCGUCUGUGAUCACGCACGUUGGCGCCAUCUGUGAUGUGGGCGGAGGUAAGUCUCCUACUAAAACUAGAACCGCAUCGUCCAGCGUCUCUAAGAAUGCUGUACUCGCUGGGGACCGGAAUAGGAGGAGGUCAGGCAGCAGUUUGCCGCGACUAAGGUAAGUAUAUGAUUUUUAUGUUGGCGUGGCCGGUAUGUUUCAGUGCGGCCACACCGGCAGAAUCACAGGGAGCCUUGACAGGCAAUGACAGAAUUUGCCGUCAAGGACCUUUUGGCACUGCCCUAUAAAGCAUUGCGAGAUCUUGUUAACGAGUUAAUACAAAGCAUCAGCACUACAUAUGAGAUUUGCAUAGGUUAUUGUACAAAAAGCUCACUUUUCCUGUAUUCCUUUUACUCUUUCAUAUAAUGACAUCCAAAUUGCAAAUAGUGCUGAAAUUGUGCAUGUAGGCACUUUCAAACCUUCGUGUUAUGCUUUAUUUGUGGGAGAAAAACAAAAUGAAGCUACUUGACGAGCCAUUAGAACUCACACCACUGCUUAUUUUAGCUUACUGAGCAGUUUCACGCAUGUAUUUUCAUGAAUAAAACUACUCAUAACUGCUGAACUAUAAGUUUUCCUAUAAAGUUUAACUGAUAGACACAGCACUCCUAUGUGAAAUUAUAGGAUGACUGAUAAGAUGAAAAACUUCUGCUCUUUGGACCCUGUAGAAACUGCAGAUUUGUCUCAGGUAAAUGAAAUUUCAAUGCUCAUAGUGACAUAUUUUAAAAAAGGGGGCAUGAUAGUCCCCCAACCUUUUCACAUGGAAUGUCCAACACAUCCGUGUAAAUAAUGUAGCAAUUAGACAAGUGAACCCCCAACAGCAGAAUUAGCACAGAGUGGUUCAAGGCAUUGUGCGUGCUAAUCUCAUAUACAUAAUUUAUAUGCCCUUUGUUUAACAUCUCAAAGUACACUUUUAAUUGUUUUAGAACUGGAUAAUAUUAAUGUUACAACAUUUUAUCCCUUUCAACUACUUAAUUAGCCUGCAAUCAUUUAUUGAUCGCCAUGUUCAUUACAAACAUUCCCAUUAAAUGGAUACAAUCAAGACCGCUAUGUGGGCUUUUUUUGUUUCGCAUGGUUGUCCUCGCAUACUUGUUAAUCGUUAUGCCUACGUCUGCGUGAUCUCUGCUUAAAGCGACCAUCAAAUAUACAACUUUAGCUCUUUUAAUGAGCUUAAAUUCUAUCUAUAUGUUAUGCUAGCAGUUUUGCUUGCAAAUAUAAAGAUUGGGAGAAAAGCCUAUUAAAAAAUAAAAUAAAAAAAUAUUUCUCCCAUCUCUUCCUCGGCAGCCUCUGAAUGCUGAGGUAUGAGAGACGGGGGAGCAGAAGAUACUUCUCACAGGAGGUCUUCUGCUAUCCACCCAUAGAAACCACAGUGCCCAGGAAGCAAAAGAGGGCCAGGCAGCAGGAAUUUAAGUGGUAGAGCUAAAAACUGUUAUUCAAACAUUCAAACCCUAAAGAGCCCAGGCCUCCAAUGGAUUCACGUCCAUAUAUUACAAGACCACCUUUUGCCUCAUCGCUGUCAGGUUUUUUUUAAUGCAAUGCUUCAAAGGAAUCCUUUCCCAAAAGGAAUGCUGUCUGCAAAUGUCUAAUACCCAAACAAGACAAAGACCAUCUAGAGCCAGGACCCUACUGUCCAAUCUCAUUUCUCCACAUAGACCUUAAAAUUAUAACUAAAGCGAUCGCCAUGCGACUGAACCCGUACCUAGAACACCUGAUACACCCAGACCAACUAAGGUUCUUUCUAAAUCGACUGACCGCGACAACACUAGAUGGUCUAUAGACUCUAUUUGGUAAGCCCAACAACACCAUCUUCCCAUGGUCUUUAUUUCCCUUGACGUCCAACUAUUAUCAACCACUUAACCACAGAACUUGCACAGAUCACCAUUCUGUAAAAGCAAUUUAGGUACGGACAUUUCCAGUUCACCCCCAAAUGCUUGGAACCACAAAAGGUUUUCCGCUGAAUUUUGUAAGCACACGCUCACUGAUUGAGCAUAGAAACGUUGACAUAACUAUGGGGCACUCUGUGCUGUUUUUGUACAUCUUUGACUUUGUUUACGGCUCUUUUUGCUGGUUUGUAAUUCUAAAUUCAAAAGUAAAAUAAUUAAUAAAAAACAAACAAAAAAAAAAAACCCACAUUAUUGCUCUUGCCACACAUUUACGACACAAACCUAUUUGGAUCACAAGGCUGUGCACAUAGAGCAAUUUAUUUUUUUAUUUUUUUUGCUUGUUCUUUAACAGAACAGAAGACAUCUGGCACAGUGAUUUCUCUUGAUUAUCCUGUCUCUAGAAUAUCUCGUUAAAUUAAUCACAUUUCAGUAAUUCUAGAAGCAGAUGCCAUUAAUGUCUUACCAAGAUAAACUCAAUUUGCUUUUACUUGAACUGUUAAUCUUUGGACAGUGGAACGCUUAUUUUUUAUGGGCACAUUUUUUAGUUUUAUUUCACAAUUAAAAGGAGCAAUUUGUGUAGUUUCAAGGCACAAACAUCAGGAGCACUUGUUGCUUUGGAGCUCUCUUAUACACUCACACCCACUGAUAAUCAGAAGCUCCUUGAAAAGGGGAACUUGGUAUAGAGAAGAGGGACAUAGGGAAUUGAGCCUAUAAUUAGUUCUGUCCCUCCUAUAUCGGGACACUUGGGAGGGAUAGUAUAGUGAUCUUUGUAGUUCAAUACUUAAUAAUGUACUAUGUGUGUCAUAGGUUAAAUUUGUCAUUAUAUUCCAAGUGAAUGACUCUCAUUUGUCAACCUCUUUUUGACCUUUGUGUACCUAUCACCUGCAGGUUUGUACUGGUACUGCAGCUUGUUGAGAAACCAACUCGUAUACCUUGUUAAAUUUCCUUUUUCUUUCAUGUAGUUGAGCAGAUGGGAAAUUUUAAUUUUUCUUGUUUAAGGAUUUAUCCCAGAUUGUGCCAUGACAACCGCUCAAUUUGUCUAUUUUAUUUUUCACGUUUGUUACGUUGGGGUCUCUGGUUUGCACAAAAAAUAAAUAAAUAUAUAUAUAAUUUUAUUUUAAGGGCAACUGUUAUGUGCUUAUUUAAUCCACUAAACAAACGUUGUUUUAGUAAAAGGCUGACAAGUCCAUAGAAUACUCCAAGUAAAAUUAAAAUCUAUGUUUAGAAAGUGACAACUCGAGUUUAUAGUUGUUAAAAACGUGCAGAAAGCUUUCUUGGUGUGGAUGACUUGGAAGGGAAUGCAUAUGGACCAUAUUGAUGUCACUUCACAAAACAUUUUUAGCAGUUACCCCACUCCCCAAUAUCACCCCAACUUCAUAGUUUACACCCCCCCCCCAUCCUAAAUAGAACAGCACCUGCCAAGUAAACAUUCAAAGGUACACUCCAAGUACCCUGACAUCCCCCAAGGAGCCAGGUAAAAAAGUUAGUUGUCAAUUUUUUUUUUAAACUAUCAAAGCUUUAUUUUCAACUACGAAAAUAACAGAUCUUAAAGGCAGCACUUUAUUUUUUUUUUCUACACUGUUUUGAUAUCUAAAGCCUGUCCCUGCAGACUUUCCGAUGUAAACACUGCAUUUUCAUAAUGUUAAAGCACCCACAUUCAGCAUCUCCAUGCUCUGCAUUGAGUCACUGAACGUUCCCCGUAUAGAUAUAUCUUGAUUCUUGAGGAGAUGAUGAUUGGCACAGUGUUUUGCCGUGCAUGUGCAAUAGCCUCAGUUAGCCAAUAUCAAGAUUGAUGAUCUUUGCCAUGGAGCUGGGGGGGCCAGCCGCGACGAGACCAGCGCAGAGUUGGAAAAAUACCUGCCUGUGCAAUCAGAUGGUGGCAGUUCACCUAAAUAGUUAAACACUAUAGUGUCAGGAAUACAUGUUUGUAUUCCGGGCACCAUAGCGUAAAUUCAAAUUUACACAUAAAGAAGACCCACGCGCACGCACUGACUUUUUGUUUUAUUUUUGGGAGAGCUGGAGUGGAUUAUUUCCCUGGGGUCCUGUGGGGAUCCUUUCCCUGGGGUCCUCUGGGGCUGCUGUCCUCUUCUUGCUCUGCUCCCUUGUGCGCUGUUUAAUGAUUCCGGGGGUGUAGUGACGUCCUAUCCUGACAUCACUAAACACUGCGUGAGGAAGCAGAGCAAGAAGAGACAGGAAGACGACUGUUCCCUCAUCGCCUCCAUUCCGCAUUGGAGAGGUGGACAGGGCACUUCUGGUAUCGUAACCUGUAGUGGUUAUGGUGUCUUGAGAUUUCCUUUAAGAAAAAUCCUUACAAAUGCACUGCUUGCAGUGUUGAGUGCAGUAUAAUCAUGGGGGCAUGAUUAGAUUGCCAUGACUUUAAUACUGUGCAUUAUGCAGACUCUUAACUCCUCUGUACUUUCAAUAAGUAUUGAAUACAGGAAGGAAUCGUAAAAAUAUUGCCAUGAAAUGUACUGUGAUUACGAUGAGAGAAGAGCUUUAGCUUUGUAGUAGGUCUCCACUGGAGAUCAAUACUUUUAAUGCUGAUGACCAAUCAUGAUGUAAUUUCUGGAGAAUAAUAUACAUAAAACCUAAAAUAUCAGGCAAUCUGAACCAUUUCAUGAUCAGGUUUGUUUGAACUUUCAGUCUUUGCUGAGGCUCAAUUAUAGAAAAUGUUUCAUUGAACAUUUUGGAUGAGUAAUAUGUGUUUUCACUUUGUUUUGUUUAUUUUAAAAAAUGCGUAUAAUUGGAAGUUGAUUCUCAAAUUAAAGAAAACAAACCGUAAAAAAAAAUCAUAUGUGUAUUGUCCACAUAGAAGUGCCAAUUUGCAAUGAUUACUACAUUCCGACGAUGAAAUAUAACUUUAAAUUUUUACUCUAAGAACCGUAACCUCUAUAAUGUGUAGCAAUACAUAAAUUAUGUUUGUCACACGGUUGUGAAUACAAGAACUAACUCUACAGAGAGUAUAUAUAUGUAUAUAUAUAUAUAUAUUGUACUUGAUUGGUAAUGUUCGGAGUCUUUUGCUGCAUUAUAUGCAUUAAAAUCUAUCUUAGUUGGCUAUUUAUAUACAUAUAUGUGUGUAUGUUUAGUGUUUUAUUUUACACUGCUAAUGCCACUAUUCAACAUAUUGGAAAGUGUAGUUUGAGUAUUUUGUCACCCUGUCCAGUCAUUUUAAACACUCACGAUCAUACAUUGCAGUUUUUGCAGAAACUGCAGUGUUAAAACACACUGACAGCCACUGCUGGUGCUUUUGCUGCAACGUCUGAGUAAAAGUCGGCCAUGCAACAUUGCAGCCACCAUAGGAAAGCAUUGGUUCAAUGCUGUCUUGUGAGAAAGCUGGUAUAUUUGCAUGUGGGGAGCAUUGAAUUGGACUGUUGCCAGAGAAGGUCCAUGUCUCUCCUUAAUUAUGUUGUAGGAAGCGGAGAGGUACGCAGUGCCAAGGGAGCCUUGGCACUGGAAAAAGUUGAGUAAAAUAUUUUUAUUAUUCUUAUGGCACACAACAGAGGGAACUAUAACUAGGGACUGUGAACUAAAGUGUUAAGAAUACUGGUAGAGUGUUACUCUGUUGGCACCACAACAUUCAGUGUUCCGUGCUCUUGUAUAUGUUCCGCUUGCUCGUUGAGGCAGUCACCACACAUGUACCUUGCCAACCAGCCAUUGUUCCCUCCCAGCGCGUUCCUGGCACAGGCAGCUGACACUGUUUUGAUCUUUUUCACAAACUGAUAAUAUGAGAAUCAUUUGCAUUUUCAGGCACAUAAAUCUGUCACCUUCUCAGCACCUCAUCUGUUAUCUUCAUGGAACAAAAAAAAUAAAGAAAAAGAAAUGAAACAAAAAACCACAAGCCAUCUGGCCGUUUGAAUAUUAGUAUAGUUUUACUUAAUGUAAAAGAUAUGUUAAAAAUGCGAUCUGAAACUGGCCUCAAGGGAGAAAAUUAAGUACUUUUAAAAAAUAUUUUUUGUUAAGAUAAGUUUUAUUUGUAGAUAAAUUUUAAAUCUAUAUAUUCCCAUAUUAAUACAUUUAAAGCUCUUUUUGCAGGUAGAGCUGGUUUUAUGGACAUAUGUUAAAUGUUGGCAGGAAAGUUAAAGAAACACAUUACGCCCACGGUAGUGGUUAUGGUGUCUGGCAUGCCACUGCACCAUUACAGUGUAAUUUGUUAAACUAUCUUACAGUGGCGUGACAACUUACCUGGGUCUCGAGGUGCCCCCAAUGAAUAUGGUCUCCUGCAGGAAAAGUGCAUGGGCGCUAUAACUACUACAGUGGUUUACAUUUGUGCUACAUGUAUACUAUUUUGCAUUCCAGUGGAAUUAAAAGAAGCGAAUGUUCUGUCUGAUGUAUGUCCCUAGAAGUAACAAAGCAUGGCAAAAACAAAACAUUGGGUAAUCUGUCUGCCUGGCUUGUUCCCAAUCAGCCACUGCUACUUAUUCAUAUGCAAGAAGAUUUGUGGAGUAUUCCAUUGUCUGGUCUGGUGUCAUAUUUUGUAGGCCAAGAAUACAGAGGACUAACGCGCAAACAUGUUGCACCACAAGGGACAACACCAUUCGGGAAGACCGAACAGGCAGAGAGGGUCUGAAAGCAUGUUGAAAGUAGGAAGAAUGGAUUGAGGCAUGUGCUGGGUAUACACAGGCUGACUGAUAUAUUAUGACAGUUUGCAACAGUAGCAUUUCUAUUCUCUUCCACUGUCCAAGUGACCAACUGCUUUUUUUAUUUUUUAUUUUCUUUUCUUUCCAUAUAGUGUGUCGAAGUAGGGGUCUUGAUUUGGGAGAAUAGUUGACCUGGCAGGUUCAGGUUGAUAAAAUGAUGAAGGGGGGCAGGGGAUAAGGAGAAUAGAUGGCAGGGUAGGAUUAGGGUUGGUACAAUAAAAUGGUAGAUUUGGGGAUUAAGGAAGAAUUGUCCAGUGGGUAGUUUCAGGGUUAGUAUGAGUAAACCGUAUACGGGUGAGUUAGUCAUUAGCCGUCAGUUAUUUGCAGCAAUUUUUAGACCUGGCUGGUAGAACCUCAAAUUUUGGGUACAUAGAAUGUGGAAAUGAGUGUGAAGUGCUCUUUACUGAUUUUUAUGUUUGUUUUAAGCUCAGAACGUGUUGCGUUCAGUGAUCACUGUUGAUUUUGGUUCCACUUUCUGGUUGUCGAAUGAUAGAAGAAUUCUGUGGUCAUUACACAACACCAUAAAAUCCUGACUUAUUCCUAUAUUACACAUUUCUCCCAUAUUUCCGAACUUACUUCAUCUGAAGGGAGGAGGCAAACCUUAAAAGAACACUCCAUUGAAUUCUAUUUCUUUUUGAGAUCUAUCUAAAACUAUCUUGUAAAAGCUGCAGAUCUCUUGUCUGCAGGCUUUGCAGGUCCCCCCACCUUCGUCUCCAGCACAGACUUUCAGCCCAGUGCACCUCUCACUUCUGUUAGAAGGUGAAAAUAAAAAUAAAAUCUAAGUCGAUUUGCAUCACUAAAACUGUACCCGAUAUGGUGCACACAACUGAAGUCUGUAUCUACAGAUUGUGCUUACUGAAAUGCUAGUAAAUGAGUAUAUUUUAAUUUAUUGCCAUUUAAAAUUGUGGUCAGUCUUCAAGUUUAGAUCUGUAUGCCGAUGGCAUAUAGAUCUAAAUAAGGGACCAAUUGAUAGGUGGAGUACCUUCCAAAAGGUGGUUCUCCUACUCCCUAUCACUGUACUACUCCCCCAGCAAACAUUUUUAUGGACAUUCAUAGAAUGGUGGCGCUAUAGCAAGGGGCAGCAGUGAGUGCUGAUAUAAUGUAACCCAUAGUAAAAAAAUAAAUAUGGUAUCACUAUGAUUAAUUUACUGCCUUCGGAUGACAUGCUCACUUUAAUUAAACAGGAAUAUUUAUGGAUUUAUAUUCUUUCUCUUUCUCAAUGAAGGCGGAUUUAUAAAUUGUAUUUUUCUUAUUCGAUUCAUUAUGUAUAUGAUGCCAUCUUGACAGAUGACAGGCUUAGUGGGAGUGCAGUGCUCUCUGCUGAUAAGCCUGUCAAUUUCAAUAGAGCCAGUUUCUUGUGAUUUUUUUUUUUUUUUGCAUGCUUGAUUACAUUUCGCAUGCUGUGUUUUCCCAAAUCGCACUUUUCCUGCGAUCAUAUGCAGAUGUGACAUGUUGACAUGCGGCAUAUUUAGCUGUGAUCUUUAAUAUGACCUUUCUAUUGGCUAUUGCUUCCUAUAGCAAUGAGUCUUGUACAUUUUAUUAAAGUUCUGAUAUGACAAAUACAUUUAGUUUAGUUUUGUGUGUGUAGUUGUGUUUUUUUUUUUUAUUUUUUUUAUUCCCCCCCUUCCUAAAUAUAGUAUAGCAAUAUCAGCACGGUCUUCCUCACUAUAGGUAUUUGUUCCCACUUUAUACUUGGGAUUUAACAUUCUUAUGGGCCAAAGAGUGGAUGAUAAUCUGAUGGCUGGCUGAGGAUUCUUGCAGUUGGAAUUCAGGAACAUUAGUAUGUACUCAUUAGCAAUGAGACAUUUAAGAGAUUUCUCAAAAUGUGUUUAAACAUAUGGUACAAAGUUCUCCAAGUGGUAGUCACCAAUAGAAUUUGCCAGCCAGUUUACAUGGUGGUUACACUAUUUUCAGAUUGUAAAACUUAGAAAAAUCUCCCUCCUUGUGUAGAUAAUUUGCAGCUCUGCAUGCUAUUAAACCUUUAAUAUGAACAUUUAAAACAUGCCUUUUUUAUUUAUUUUUUUAUUAAAUGGAUUGUUCCUAUUUGUGUUUAAAUUUCUUUUUACAGCUGCAGGAUACUCACAGCUACCAUCUGCCUCCUGUGAAGUCUUCAUUUUUAUGAAUGACCUGUCUCCGAUCAAAUACAUAGAGAGGCAUUUGGACACACUGUGAAAUUGUUGCAAUUGGCCAAAGAGAGUGAGGCAGGCAACUAUCCCAACUGUCUGCUUAGCAACCAUGAGGUGUCACUGAUAGGAUUUAUAAAUGUGACAAUUUUCUCUUGGAAACAGCACUUUUAUAUAAUAAGCCAGAAGGGACAUGCGGUUAACCCCUAACGCACCUACACCAUCUGAAGUGCUUUAGAGGACCAGAGUGUCCUUUAACGCCUACACAUUCUACCUCUGUCACAGCUGGGUUAAUGACAUGUGCCUGUCCCAAGCAGUCCAAUGGUGUCCUUGUAAUAACCUUGUCCUACAUAUAAUAUCUUCUUAUACGUAACUCCCAAUGUUUUGUAUUUUAAGUGUUGACCAAGGGCUAGUCAGUCCAGUUUGCGUGACACAACCUCACUGUUGGGUGCUCAGGAGGACUGUUUGAAGGAGACGUGAUGAAUCCUUCUGAAUCAUGUUCCAGUACUUCAUCAUUAACCCUUUCCGUGUCCGACACUAGAUUUUUAGAAUCCACGGCAUCCCACACACCUUUCUAUGUAAGGAAUGUGAUGCUCCUUAAACACAACUUCGAGCCUUUAGGAUUUUAUAAUAUAAUAUUUGCUACAAAUAGAGGAUUUCUUGACAAAUAGCAGUUUUUUAUUUUUAACAUUUUCCAAAUCCACUUUUAAAACAUCUAUUAAAAAAGAAAUGUACUUAAUGUGGCAGUUUGAGAUGAAAUCUCAAGGAUUUGUUAUACCGAUAUCUUGAAGCGGAUUUACUCUAGUGCUGGAAUUGACUCGUGAAAGGUAUAUUAAACCCUCCUACCCGGCACAUGUUAAACAUAUUCAGCGCGUGCUGUUUUAUUAUUGGUUGAUGCUGGGAUUUCUCCAUAAAUGGCUUGUGACUGCACUUCAUGCUAGUGAUUAUUUUAUCCCUCGUUCCUUUUUGGGUGAUGGCUGCAGUGGCGUGUAAUAAGCUCCACCAUUUGAUUAAUUUUGUGCUUGUUAACUGGCCUUAAAGCGGAACUGUCACUUAUCUGUAUGCUGCAGACCCAUCUUAUUGUUGGCCAAAUAUUCAAUACCAUCUGAAAAGCAUUUUCCAAUAACCCAGUCAGAGGCCGAAAUAGUGGAAGAAUAGAAUCACGUCUGCUGCAAUUGAGAAGAAGCAGCCAAACUAGUGCUCAGAGCACACUUUCUAAUAUGUUGAGUAUAUACAUGAUAUCAGUGAAAGAGAAUAAAACAAAACAAUAGAAUUUUAUCUUGACAAGCUUACACCGUUCUUUGUCUAUUCUUCUAACAGAAAUGUAGGCUCUUCUAAUUUGGAAGAGGGUAACUCUUCACAUUGGGUGUAGGACAACUCCUCAAACACCUGCUGGCCUUGAAAACCUUAGUUACAAACAGUAAAUGUUUUCACUACAAAAUAAUUAUACUGCUAAGCAAUGAUUCUGCGGAGCAUACACGCUAUCCUAUUUACCCUAUUUUCUAUUCGGAGACUGAAAGCUUAUCUGGUAUAUCGGUUGGAUUAUACUGGUUUGCAUUUCAGUGUUACAUAACUAUCGAUCUUAAUAUUAAGGCUCUUAACAUUAUAUUUGCCACAUCAGCAUACCCCAGUAAAAAUGCUAUUGAAAUGCACAUUGGGCUGAAUAGUGCAGUGGCAGUAAGAAAAAACACAUUUACCUCCACUGCUCUGAUUCUUUGUCGACAAAUUUACAAAUGCAUGUGAGCUGAGGCAGCAAAGAAUAUACUAUAAGUUAAUAUAUAAAAGAAAAUGAUUUCUUAAAACUUCUAUACAUUUUUUUUUUUUUUUUUACUAUGGGUGUUACAAUAUUUUCCGAGAUAUUUAGCCAAAAAAAAGGGCAGAUUUAAAAAAAAUAAAAAUUAUUUCUUUUUAGCAUGCAUAAAGUCAUGACAGUUUAGCAUGCAAUGCCCCAACAGCAUAUACAGACAUAGAAAGCAACGUUUCACAAAUUGUUGGUCAGCAUCUUAGUAAUGUGGCACAAUUUUGGGUUAAUGGAAUUAAUGUGGACUGUGACAUUGGUAUGUUAGCGUAUUAAUGUACCUGUCAGGGGCCACUGAGAUCACGUCGUGGAUAAAUUAAUAUUAAAGAUAAUUGGCUGAGCCGAAUAGUGUAAUAGAGAGAUAAUUUGGGUGCAACUACUUGAGAACAGAUACCUAUAGCUCCUCGGGCUGUAGUACCAGUCAUACGGUGGCUGUCAUAGUAUUGGCUAUUGACCCAACUUAUUGGGGUGGUAUUAAUAGGCAACUGGUACAUGUUGUGGUGUCGCUUCCUAAAGUGGCCUGUUAAGUGUUACCUGGUAAGUGCGUUAAGCAGGGUAGAUCCCUUAAGGACUGGAAUGUUGAAUGCAUGCUAGAAUGUGGUGCGUCAGUUUAUGGAAUUAUGGUGGGGUCUGCGGUAGUUAAAAUUAUAGUGCCCUGUGUCUCCUGGUCACCCGGAGAGGGGAGUGGGUUGUGUGAGCUGGCAUCAUAGACACGGCUUAUGGUAAGAAAAAUACAAAAUAAUUCAAGUAAAAAUAAAAAUGUCCUUGCUGUUUCCAUGUAAUACAGGCACUGAUGAAAGACAACUAAAACUUGUAGGUGGAUAGUGAGUCCAUGGGACAGUCUGAGGACUUGGAUCCCCCCUGGAACAAGUCCUUCAGCCAGUGUCCACUCUUGGGCGAGGUACGAAGUUGUUCUGCACGUCCCAGUUGUUGCGCGUUGCAGGUGUGGGGGUCUGGUGCUCUGUGAGGCCCGGCUCCGUGAGUAAUGAGAUGGAAGCCUCUGAGGUUGUAAGCCGGUACGUAGCGUCGUCUUUUGCGGCGAUUAAGGUGUGGGAUGGCCCCCAUCUGUAGGUAAUUCUCGCCUCUCUGAGCAAUACAAUGUUAAACAAUCACAUUACAUUACACCCAGGAGCAUACAUAUCACCAAAACCAUACAGGCAACCCUUAAAGCUAUAGUCCUUAAGUAAUGUCCAAGUGGCUAGGUUUGCCACAGUAUUCUAUAGUGCGAGAAAAACAAGGCCGUUUUCCUGACACUAUAAGUUCCUACAAUGCCCCCUCCCGCGGCGCUGAAUGGGUAAAAACCCCAUCAGUCACUUAACUGAAUUCAGCGCCAAUGUCCCUCGGCACUAGGUCAAAUGCCACCCCCGUUCUCCCCUCGCCGUCAGCUGGCAGGGGAUACCUAAUGCGCAUCAAUGCUUUUCUAUGGGCAUAGCGUCAUUUAGGCAACCAAAAGUCGUCUAAGCACCCGGAAGUCCCUAUAGUGUGUGGUAGACAGCCACUAGAGGAGUAGUUAACCCUGGCAGGUAAUUAUUGCAGUUUCUCAGAAACUGCAAUAAUUACCACUGUAGGGUUAUGGGACAUGGCACAUUACACCCAGACUACUUCAAUGAGCUGAAGUGGUCUAAGUGCCUAUAGUGUCCCUUUAAGCUUUUAAAUAUGUGUUAUGGGAGUGCUGAGAGUAUCCCAUUUCCCGAAUGCUUUAUGGUGGUAUCGUGCCUUAGUACUAAACUACACCUUCUGCCGUAGUUUAUCAGCACUUGUGCACAGAGGAUUCCCCAAAAUUCCACGUAUCCUUUAUUUAUUUUCUGUCUCUUUUCCUUUUUAUUUUUUCUUUCAUUGCUGACCAGACUAUUGCUAUUUACGCAAAACCUUUUCUCCUUUUGAGGUCUGAUAACAAAAUUGUACAUUCUUGUUGUGUUAUCAGAGCAGUCUCGGAGGUUCCAUACUCCCAUACCAUUAAUUGCUUUGUUCUUCAUCUUAUGUCAUUGUUUAUAUCAUGAUCAUUUUUUUUCAUUUUCUUAAUGCACACGUUGUAUUAAGAAACACUGUUGUGAUAAAUAUUGCAUUGUUAUGCCUGACCCUUGAUAAAAUUAAUUUUAAAAUGAAAGCAGAACCUUCACUGAUUUGUGAAGACGAGAUAUUAAUAAUGCUUUGGUAUUUACUGACAGAAGCUACUUGAAGCCUUUUGGAUCCAGAGAGGUUAUGAAUCCCCAGACCUCCCAAUAUUUACCAACUCUAAGCUGUUUUUUAUUUUUCUCUUUAAAUACAUCUUAAUAAUUUUUUUAUUUUUUUUAUUCCGUUCUUUGUUAUAACCCAAACAGUGGUAACAGCUACUGAUGAUUUGAGCUCCUGUGAGCACAUUUUCUGUAAAGGUCCCUGUAUGGCACGCUAAUUGAGGCAUUACCAUAUCUGUGUCUGGAUGUUGAAUAGACUAUUCCCCUGGCUCUCUGUACAGGAGAAUGAAUAUAUCAGUAUGAUGUACAGCUUCUGUCUCGCUCCGUUAGCUCACUUAGCCUUGUGUUCCCUACUUUGCUGCGUAAUACGUCGACUCCCAGAGCUUCCAAACUCAACUGCUGCAUUUCUUCGUUUUUCUAGAAAAUGACUUAAACUGCUUUAUUUUGACCUUUGCAUACUAAUCAAAACCACAAAGGCUAUGCAUCAGAAGAAGACGAUGUGGCGGCGGGAGGGGGGGAUUUUGUGGUUAUUUAUGAAAUCAGAUAUUGCAGAUGAGUGACACAGGAAUUUUUAAAUUGUGAAAUAAAUAAUUUUUUUCUUUGAAAUAUGCAGUUCCUUUGUUUCAGUGCACUAUAAUUCCUAAUAAAUAAGAACAUUUCUGGUCUCCGCUCUCUGUAUUACUACUAAUCUGCCCCCCAUGAAGGAAGUGUGUGUCUCUCUCAUCCCCUCCCUCAUUUAUAUGCCAUGGAUUGUUAAUUAUGUAACAAAGCCCCAUCAUAGUUCUACUUCCAAGUACUAAUGGCUGUUUAACAUCAAACUAGUUGAAGCCAUUCAGAAGUUACUAAAAAAAUAAACCAUAGUACAACCACGACCACUGUACGCCUUCAUCCUCCCAGAGUUUGACAACUUACCCAGGACCAAGUGAUAACUUCGCUCCUAGCAGUCACUACGUAAGCAGUCAAGCGGUUUUUAAAAUUUUAUUACCUACAAUGGAACUUCGCCAAAGCACUGCUGGAGGCAUGACCAGUACAGCACUGUAGUGGUUAUUGUACUUGCAAUGCCCUUGAACACAGUGAACAUGAGGAUUUGAUAACGUUUCCCUUUGUUGCAACAUUUUGCAGAUAAUCUCUGAUCCUCAGAUAUCAGAGUUUUUGUUAAACUGUAAAUUGUUGAGAAUUUACACUGGAAAUUCCACUUAUCAAAAAAAUAGCAAAAUUAUAUUUUUCUCUACUCUGCUGUCUUGAACUUCACUUUGUGAUUCUGUUGUCAAGUCCACACAAUCCUUAUAUAAUGGAUAAGGUUAUGUGCGCUAUGAGCAUUCACUACCGGAAUAGUUUUGUCUGUUCUCAUAACCCUGUGAUCUCAAUUUUUCAUUGCACGAUUUCCUCAAAAUGUCUUGUGUUGACACAGUGGACAAAUAGAACCGUGUACAUUUCCUCAGUUGAAUUAAAUCUAUAUAUGCUCGCUGUACUUGUAGAGAUCAAAAUGCUCUUCCUGGUUCUUAAAAGAAUGUCCGGAAGGGAGUAGUCGGGGGUCCUGUGUACUCUUACCAGCACCGUAUGGUUUGUAAAUACAGGACUUUGGCGACAUGUAUGUGUCCUCUCUUGGCUUGCAUGAUUCUGAUAUUCUUCCAUUUAAAAAAAAAAUGACCAUCUACUUCUGAGUUUAUCCACUGGCAUGAAAUGUUUUUGGGUGUUUAAAUAUUUUUUUGUAGGUUUUACUACUCAUUGAGAAGGAUGACUUUCUCCAUAGUGCCCAAUAGGGCGUAUUAAACCAGAAACCUCAAAACGUCGUGGUUUAGACUGUAUAGCCUUUAUUUGAUAUAGAUGGAUCUAGUGUCAGAUGGGGUCAGCGGUGAACUCAUCUGCCAGAACGCCGGUGGAUUACCGGGUCAUUCUUUAUCCAGCUGAGCUUGCCAAUUCUUUCAAUUAAGCUGAAUAGCUGCUAGCAGAUACUUUGUGUAAAUUCUUUUCCCUGGUGUCCUAGAGAUUGUGUAAAUCUGGAGAUUGAUCCAAAGCUGGGGCAGACUUUCCUUAAGCAGAAGCAUGGGUGGGAUUGUAGAACCUAAAAUCUAAUUUUAUAUAGUGACGAUUUUGAGCUGUCAGCGCUGCCUUUGAACUGGGAAACCCAGGGUCCAAUCCUGGUCAGACCACAACUUUAGCUUAAAGGGACACUAGGUACCCAGACCACUUCAUCUCAUUGAAGUGCAUACAUUUCUGCUUUUAAAAGUAAAUCUCAUUGAAAUGGUCUGGGUGCAAUGCCCCUGUCCAACUUAGCAUGGCAAUGUAAAUCAUUGCAGUAUUUGAGAAACUGCAAUAAUUACUUUGCAUCACUAAGACUGCUUCCAGUCUAUAAGCCACUAGAGGCGCUUCCGGGAUUGUAAUGGACUCUGAGUCCCUUAAAUAAUGCUGGGGAACAUCACAUUCUGCAUGAGGCCAUCCAGUGUCUGUGAAAUACCCAUAGGAAAGCAUUGAGGCUUGCUGCGUAUGCACAUUUAGGUCCUCCCAUCAGAAGAGGCGCACUGGAAUCGGGUAAGUGACUAAAUGGUUUUUAAACCCUUUAUCUGCCAGGGUAAGGGGGCCACAGGGCACUGUAGUGUUUAGGAUACAACUUUGUAUUCCUAACACUAUAGGAUCCCUUUCAUAAAGCACUUUUAGUGUAUAGAUCAUGGCUCUGCAGAAUAUCCCUGCUGUUAUCCUAAGCAUUGUCUAGUGAGCCAGGCAUCCUAAACCGAACGCGGUACUUACUUCUAUUUUUAGUCCUUCAUUAGAGGAGUAUGGAACCAGGGAAUCUCUGUGACCAUUAUUAGAUAUUUUCUUUAUAUUGCUUAUAUAGUUGCUGCUAAGCAAUUAGUGCUAAUGAUUUUCAAUGCUCUAUAAUUGAUACUUUACACCAGUUAGAAUUGUCACUUUAUUACAUGACACAUUUGAGAUUGUUGCCCCUGUCCAGCGGUGAGUCGAUCCUUUUUGCCAUGGCAGCCUGUCACAAAUGCAAAGGGAUUUUCAGCUCGUCUUCAGACAUGAGGACACAUAAAGCUGGCUUCUACAUAUUAUUAUUAUUAUUGUUGUUAUUAUUAUUAUUAUUAUCAUUGGAAUUUAUAUAGCGCCAACUUAUUCCACAGCGCUGUACAAUAUUAGAAAAGGGGGGAAACUUUACAAUAAAUGAGUAAAUUACAAAAUGUUACAGGAACAUUUGGUUGAUGAGGACCCUGCCCAAGCUAGCUUACAGUCUGCGUACAUUUCGGCGUUUAAAAGUAAAUGUUUCUGUAGAAGCCAGGCUUGUCGUGAGAGGCACUUUGCUGUUCCUUUAAUAACUUUCUGAAUACAUUCCUGAUCACAUAAUGUUGGGAAUACAAACCUGUAUCCCUAGCACUACAAUGUUGGAAUAUAAAUUUAUGUCUCCGGCCCGCCUUUCUGGAGUAAAAAGGUUUUAAACUUAUCUUAUCUCUAUCACCGCUCUGGUCUUCCCGUGGUUGAUCCUAUCUCCAUGACUGAGAUAAUCAGUCUUCAUAAUCUCAGCCGAGGCAACUGUGCGUGCGCAGCAAAACGCAGCACUGCACCAGUCCGUAGAGAUGCAUUAAAUCAACGCACCUCCAUGCAGAUUGUGUGCAGCACUGACCCAGGAUGCACCUCUGGAAGCCGUCAAAGUGAAUGACACUAGAAGUGUUACUAGGCAGCGGUGUUAACACUGCCUUUUUUUAUGAAAACGCAGCUUUUACCUUGAAAAGCCUGCAGGACAGGCUAUAUAGAUUAGAAAAAAAAACAGAUUAAGCUGUAGUGGUUCUGGUAACUCUAGUGUCCCUUAAAAAAAAAUUAAAAAUUAAACUUGGUUAUUUUUAACAGCAUUUCCGUUUUGGUGUAGUUUGUAGUUAACCCCAUCUCAUAUGUAUUUAAUUUAUUUCUUGUUUGGAACACAACAAGCAUUUUAACCAGUGCUGCUAAUUGUAGGGAAUUUCUGUUUGGAACGUCAUAAUGAGAAGCCUCUUUAUUUAUUUUUUGGUUUGCGAUUUGAAAAGUAAUUUUCUUUACUGAAAAAAAUUACUGUCUGUGCUGAGUGGGUUACAAGCAUUAUUUUUGUGAGAACCCUUUUAUUAUUAUAAAGUAUUGCACAUUCUUUAUUUGGUUGCGGACUUAAGCUUUGAGCAUUUAUUGCAAAGCUUCUUAUUAAACUGACAAACUGCUUUGUGCCCACUUUUUAUUUUUUAACUUGUUGGUUUUAAUAACUCCAAAAGCAAGGCAGUAACAACUCCUGACAUAGCUGGUGAUGGCUUCUAAUGUUUGAGUGAUUUUAGGUCUUUGAAUGUAAUUCUAUGUGAUUCUUAAAGAAAGACUUCUUGAAUUUCUAUUAUUUCUGUUUAAGCCAAAGUAUUACUGUCACUGAGCAAAGUAUUUUGUAGUACAAAUAUAAAUACCCUUUUCUCAGUGCCAUACACUUGCUGUACGGGAGCUUCCAUUUUUAUGUCCUUUAGGCAAGAAAGAUGUGCAUGUAAUCACAAGUUAAUGACUGUUCACUAAUUGUGACAUCAUGCACAUACUCAAGGCAUCUCAAAAAUGCACACCAAGGUAGUUCAGUUUGAGUGGUGUUAGAACUUAAUGUUGCCACCCCAUAGACUGAGCAAGAGUUGGAGGUGUGUGUGGGCGCACAUGUGUUUGCGGGUAUAUAAUUCCCAUUUUUAAAUGUCAUUUUUGGUAUUUGUACAAAAGCUUAUACAGUGGUUCUUUAGUUUACAAACGCCUCGGUUAACAUCAUUUUCGGUUUACAAAUAAUCUAUUGAAAACAAUGCCUCGGUUUACAAAUUUGUUUCGCAAUACAAAGCAAGUUUCCCCAGGUUGCAUUGUGCCUGGGAGGUUUAUAGCACCGCCCCGUGCAUGCUGGAGCUGUGGGUAGCAAAUGGCUUCAAGUGUGGAGGUGUUGUAGCGGUUUUUGCAUCGAGUUUUGGAGCCAUUUUGGAAAUGUUUUUAAAGCGAUUUUGGGACUUUUUGCAACUUUUUGGGUGCAUUUCUCAAAUGCUGGAAAGGUAGGGGGCUGAGCUUUGUCGUUUGCAUGCCUUUUACUGUGUGUUCUGCAUUGCGGGUUGGUUUCCAUGCCACCUUUUUUCUGACCUCCAGAACAGGAUUAGUUGGUUUUCAAUGCAUUCCUAUGGGAAACCGCGUUUCGGUUUACAAAUUUUUGCAAUAAGAAACAUCCCGGAGAACGCAUUCAAUUUGUAAACCGAGGUGCCACUGUAUAUUAGUCUGUAACAUUCUAAACCAAUAUUUAAAUAGUACAUUUAGUCUUCUUGAACCCAGAAAUUAUAUUGUUUUUCUGCUUAUGAGCCAUCAGUCUUUCUCGCAGUUACUGGACCUGGCUGCCAAAAUGGGAAACAUGAUGCCCAAGAGAUGCACCUGGGAUGAUAGUUCAGGUGCCUAAAAUCGGGACAGUGUUGCUGAAUUCAGGAAUGCUGCUAAGUAACGUAUUAUUUGCUGCUGUAAAUGUCACUUUGUCUCGGGAACUCGACACAAGUAAAUAUAUGGAAUGUAAUAACCCCAAAGGAAUGUGAAGCUAAAUUGUCUGUUGGGACUGUGGAUGUCAAUGUAGAGGAAAUGGCCACAGGCAGUAUUAGUUAUUGUAAACACAGUCUGUAAUCUUUCAUCUGCAAGCAACUCACACGACUGCAAACAAUACGUUUGGACGGAUAUCAAACCUGAAUUGUCAAACAAUGAGCAGUUCUCUCCUGUCAAACAAACCGAUGAAAGAGAUGGAGGCUGCAUACGUGCUGAAUUAUUCAUCCGGCUACCCAUUCUGCAAAAAUAUUUCUCAGACUCCAGAAAUGUCGGCCAUUCAUGCUCAUUACUCGAGUGCUGAUGACAGUCUAAAGGUUGACCACUGAAUAAGCCAACAACCAAAAAAAUCUUACACUUGCUUUGACCGGAAUAAGGGAAAAGAAACCAAAAGAAAGCAAAAUUCAGUGUUUCCUUUGUAAAAAAUAAGAUUAAUUGGAUUUGAACAUUUUUUUUCGGUGGAAUUGUUGUGUAGUCAACCUUUUACAUAUUGUUAUAGUGCGUCAAAUAGACAGUUGGCAUUGUGCUUUUAUUUAAAUUGUUCCCUGUUCAAAGAUUUGUUUUUAAAGGAAAGGACUGUUUUUCAUAUAUUUGCAUUUAUUGAAAUUUGAGACCUGUUACUGCUUAGGGUGGGAUUAAAGUGCACCCAUCCACUGUUACUUUUCAAAAGGAACUUUUUCAGGUGAAUGUCAUUAUUGAACCUGUAUGUAGAUCAAGUAAAAUACUCAGCAAAUGUAUAGAUUGGGAGAUCUACUUAAAGGAACACUGUAGACACUUUAACAAAGUACUCUUAUUGAAGUUGUUGUAGUGCCUGCUCCUCAUCCCCAAAACCCUUUAUGCGACUAAUUAGAAGCCUUGGAAGUGCGGCUUCAAGCCACACCUCGAAGCCCUCUAGGUAUAAGCGGUGCGAAUUUUCCUUCUCAGCUCUCAUACUGUGUUUUUUAUUCAAUGAUUCUCUGUGGCAGAAUCGGAGGGAUAUUGCGGUGAGCACCACACGUGCACCUUAAGUCCCUAUUGCAUCUCUGAGUAGCAUUGGAUUGGCCCAAUAACCUGAUAUGCCUCUAGGAUGAUGUCAUUUGUGGAAAAGGUUAUCGAGAAAAGGUGAGUAAUUAGUUUUAUUUUAAUUUAUUAAAUUUUUUAAAUUUUUUUUUUUUUAAAUUGGGGACGGGGAAAUAAAUACAUCAGAACUGUAUCAUUCGCAAUAUAGAUGUAUUCCUAACGCUACAGUGUUCCUUUAUAUUUCAUAAUGGCCUCCUCUCUGCACAGUACCUACCACCUCUACCUCUUAUGUGAGGACAAUGAAAGAUUAGCACACAUAUAUGUGCAACAUCCCUCAGUAAAUCCUUUAGUAAAUUCCUUCAGAAAUUCUGGGUUCUGUGAGUUCUUGUCGCAGUUGCCUGUUGACGCCAUAUUUGUAGUGUUGGUACGAUUGCAUACGUUAUCCUAGUUUCCCAUUAAAGGGACACUAUAGGCACCCAGACCACUUUAGCUCAUUGAAGUGGUCUGGGUGUGGUGUCCCUAUUGCCCUUCAGAGAAACUGCAAUGUUUACAUUGCAGCACCAAGUCUGCCUUCAGUGGCUGUCUAUCAGAAAGCUACUGAUAACGCUUCCUGGAUCCAAACUGACCUUUGGUCCGGUAUCUGACGCUGGACCCACUCACAUUCUGAAUGAGGACAUCCAGCGCCAGAUAUUUCCCCAUAGGAAAGCAUUGAUAAAUGUUUUCCUAUGGGGAGGUUCAAUGCAUGAGGCAUUUGAUGCGCAUUAGCACCUGCUCGUCGCGGGACAAUGGAGCGAGUGGAGCGUUGACCCUCAGCGCUGGGAUAAAGUAAGAUUAAAGUAAGUAAACUUACCAGGGGUGGGGUUGGAGUGUGAGGGGAGGAAGGCAGGGGGAGCCAUAGUAAUUCAGCUUUGUAUUCAUGGCACUAUAUUAUCUCUUUAAGGAGCAAGGCUCAUGUCAUUUACUAUUAUUAUUCAUGUGUGUGGGUACCCGUAAAGGUGGUUAUCUGCUGAUCUGAUAUCCUGAUACCCUGGUAUCCAUAAGUGGGAGGAAUUGUCCUAACCGUGGAACAAACGUGGUAAAACAGAAACCCAAUGUUUGAUUAGCAUAUUGCCUUGUUUUCAGAGUCUUGUAUUUUCUAUUUAACAUGUCUCCUUUGUUACUCUUUAUGUAAUCCUAUCACUCACUUCAGGAUUACUUAAACAAACAGAGGAAUAAAGCACAGUUGGCAUUAUUUAUCUACUUUAACCAGGCAACGAGGUGUACAUGAUGUAGACUGGGUUAAUUUUUCAGAUGCUGAUUCCUCUAUCUUUAAAUUAUGCUUAUUUAUUAAUAUCUGAGACCUCGCCAGGAUAUCCCCCCAAUACUAUGCAAUGCCUCAACUCGUCUUGGAAUCCUCUAUUCACUCAUUAUUCAAUAAAGACAACAUUUUAAUCAGUAAAAAUCUAAAUGGCAAAAAGUAGCAGAGUUGAAUAAAUUUGCCAACUCCAGUAAAGUCACAGCUUGUCUAUUGUAGUCUUAAUAUUGCUGCUCAGGAUUUAAUUUGCUAAAAUAAAAUGCAUAACCUGCACUGUGUUGCAGUUUGUUUACUUGGUUUGGAUGUACUGAUAAAAUGCCAAUUUAAAAAAAAAAAAAUUAUUUUGGGCAAUCCGGUAUUUUAAAGGAACACAGUCAUGUAUUCCUGACCCUAUAGUGUUAAACCCGCCAUUUAGGUGGCUUGCCCCCCUUGCUACUCCUUAGCCUCCUUAAAAGGAAUUAAAACUUACCUUAUUUAAAACACCAUCCAUUGGUGACAUCAGAAUUGAUGAUUUUUAGCCAAUCCAAUGAUUUCUUUUCCCGUGUGGAAAGCAUUGGAUUGAAAUUGGAUAAAAUCGUCAAGAGGGCAGAACCAAACACAAUUUUGGCCAAUCAGCACCUCCUCAUAGAGAUGCAUUGAAUCAAUGCAUCUCUAUGAGGAAAAUUCAGCGUCCCCAUGCAGAGCGAGGAGACGCUGAACGGCAGUGCUGCUUACUGUGCAGCCCUGAGCCAGGAAGCCCCUCCAGUGGCCAUCUAAGGAGUGGCCACUUGGAGGUGUCCCUAGGGGCAAUGUAAACACUGCCUUUUCUCUGAAGUUGUUCUUGUGACUUUAGUGUCCCUUUAAAUUUGAACGAAUUGCACAAUGGUAAAAUAUAAUACAUAAACGUAAAUGCAUACAAAAAACAUAAUACUGACUUCAUUUAUACAAUUAUUUGAGUAUUGAAGCAGAUGACGGCAGUAUAAUGAACAAUAAAACCUCACAAAUUAGAGAGAAAAAAAUAAACCAAUUUAAAGGUCUAAAUAGAGCUGAGUAUGCUUUUAAAAAGAGGAAAACAAGUAGGGGAAAGUUGAUUAUUUCAUGCAAGCUAAGGGGUCCAGAAACAAAUAGAAGUUUGUUUCAGGUGGAGGUAAAGAAGGAGCGAGAGAUCAAUUCAAUCCACGGGAACUAAAUAAGUCCAAACUGGAUCAAACGACCCUGAAGAGAACCAGUAAAAAAUAAACUACCCCGUAGAACGUGGUUCCUCAACUUUGCUGGUCAGUUGCUGGAGGUUGGAGCAGCAGAUAUCCUCUAGGGAGGGGGAAUUAAUAAUUUAGUAGUGUUUAAAAGAUGUUUUGCUUUUGUAAUUGGCUCUUGACAUGGGAGAAAGGUGAACGAUCCUUAAAAUAGGAAGCUAGCAAUUUUGGCACCUACAGGUCCAUUCUUUGACUGGGUUAUGCUAAAGUGUGAGGCCAUUCUGGCACAGAAUGAUGAAAUGUUCUAUAAAUAUGUCAAGUAUUGGAAUACAGUUCAGGAACUUUUUUUAUUCAUUUGUUGUAAUGUCUUUUAUACCUGUUUUUUUCCCGAGGUACCAUAACCAUUACAUGUAUCCAUAAACUGGUCACAAUUAUACAACAAUGUGGAGACUGGGUUGCUAAUAGACGUCACAGUGUCAUUCUUGUUUCUGGGACAGUUGGCAGCAUAUUUUCUUUGCCGUCACUGCUUCUGCCUCUCUGUUGCGAAACUUUCCAGUUCCCAUAUGUUAAUAAAAUAUUUGGGUGAUACACCUAGUGUGUCCAUGUUAAGCCCCUCUUUUGCUCCAUGUGUUUAGAAGCGCACCUUCAGAUUAGUGUGCGGUUAUCAGUGCUCUGUGUCGGGCUGUUCCGUAUGGUUCUAGCUAUCAUGGUUUUGUCAAUGCGUGUAAAACUUCAGGCGUGUCUACAGUAUGUAACCUCAUAAAUGUUUUAAUGGUUUGCAUAGUUUCCUUGUAUGAGCUAAAUCUAUUGCUCUGUACAAUAUCUUCUUGGUAAGAAAAAAAAAACCAAAAAAACCCCAAGAGAAUAAAGUGGCUUAUUCGCUAAACUUUUAGUUGUGGAAGACCGUGAAAAAGGUGAAAAUUUAGACCACAAUUGCAGUUAGGAAAAACAUAUCUUUUACUUGAGUUGCAUCUUUUUCUCAAAUUAUUAUUUUUAUUUAUUUUUUGGCCUAAAUGUUACUUUUACUCUUUAUACUCUGGCCUUGUCUCAGUUAAUGUGUAUUAUUUUUUUCAACUGAAAACAAAACCCAUGACAAGGCCACGUUCUCCCUGCAGCCUAAUCCUUCUCUGUUGCCGUCACAUCCCGGAGGACAGGCUGACGGGAGGACUUUGGUGACGUGGAGGGGAAGGCCUUUCUGCCAUUGGUUGUCUGUUGCCAACAUGCUAUGGUGCUGACAACAGUAGCACAAUAUCCACAGAACAUUUGUUCUGGGCUGGCCAACACUGAUGGAAUUGGAGUUACACCUUCAGCAACAAGUCUGAUAUUUCAAACUAAAACGCUGUAUAUACAGAGUUCAAGCACUAUAAGCACUUCAAAUCACUAAAGUGUCCAUGCUGCUUGGUGAAACUCUUUAAAUUGUAAGUGGCGGAGAACUGACAGUGGAAUUCCAUAACUUAUGCUCAGAAGUCAAAAUUUUGUAUCCUACAAUAAGUGGACUUUUAUAAGCUUCACUUCCUUUAAAGACAUGUACAUGACCUAGGCCUCACUUUCUACCAGUGUAGUGUUUGCUCAGAUACGCCUUGUUGUUGUGAAGUUCUAUUUAGGGCAAUAGCAAUCUUCGAUAGUGUGAAAAUCUGCAUUUAAAAUCCGAGCUGUAUGUUUACACACUCUCAUGCUAAAUCAAACACCCAUCCAGAUGGCACUGGCUCGGCAGGGCAGAAGAAAUAUUUCUGAUGGAGUAUCUUGAGCUACCUUGACAAAGUGGGGCAAAGGUUACCCAUGAAAUGAUCGCGCAAUCGAAAAUACGGUAUUCUUUAUCUCUCUAACAUAAUCUUAUCAAUAUACACUACUGGGUCUCAAAAUUGUUAACCGGCUAGUGGUUGCUACAGUUGCAAAAUGAUAACAUUGGCUCAAAAAGUGACUAAGUUCCGUCUUUUUAUCUGCCCCUCUUUUCGUCAGACUGGGCUGUUCAAUGUCCACUGCCUUUUAUUUUAUUGAAGAAGGAAUAGAGCAGUGAUAAACCUACUACGAACACUAGGAUGGGAGGCAGUCCACCUGAUGAUAGGGGAAUCCCUCCAACCCCCUAAAAAACUAGAACAAGUCAAACAACAAUAUACAGGUGGCGCCAAGAAAAAUACUCCAAACACAAUACUAUAUAAUAAUAAGAUCAAUAAAAAACCCACAGGAUAUAAAGAGUCCACAAUAAUACUUGGAAGAAAAUGUAUAUUUUUGCUUCCUUUUCAUAUACUGCUAUUAAGCGAAGCUACCAAGAAAGUCCCAUACUCCGUACCAUUUGGUAUUUUUUAUUCUCAAGUUUUAUUGUGGACUCUUUUUUUUAUAUCCUGUGGUUUUUUUUUUUUUUUUUAUAGCUGUUAUUGCUUCUAUUGCUCUUAUUAUUAUAUACUAUUGUGUUUGUAGUAUAUUGUUGUUUGGCUUUUAUUUUAUGUUGUAGGACUUUUAAAGGAGUAAAAAAGCAGGAUCAUACUUUUGAACAAACAAUAGCAAUAAUUUACACUAACACACAGCUAGCUUACUAUGUAAACAUGGACAUUUUGGAGCUCAAUGUAGGAUUUAAUGUUUGGAAUAAAGUGUCUUGGCGUCUGAAAGUGCAAUGACUGUGGACACAAGAAUCCAUACAAUUAUAUUGUGCGAUAAUUGUAUGAAGCUGUCUAUAGGGAAAUAACAUUAUUGCUGGCUAUUGUGUUGGAAGAUAAUCUUGCGCAAUGAGCUGGUAAUUAGAAUGUGCUUGUUUUCCUUUUCACGGCAUCUUUGUUUCAGAACAGCCAGUUUUCAAUUAUUAUUUUGAAAGCCAAUUUCUUUCCUAUUUAAAUUAAAAUGCACACAUAAGGAAUAUAUUCAUUUUAUAAAAGUGAGACUGUAAGAGAUUUCUUAAAGGGACACUCCAUUAGAAAAAAUAUUUAGUAAAUAUACCCUCCAAAAUACACGUAUAUACAUUUUUGUUGCAUUUUUACUCGUUUUGGGUGGGAGGUAUGAAAACUCUAGAUUAUAUGAAGACCUAGUUUUUGCAACUAUUGUAAACUCUCCCCUUUGUGUCCUGCAUAGACUUUUUCCGUAUGUCUCAGUUGUCCAUUCAGACCUUGUGGACAAAUUGCGCAUGUGUGCAACUGGAUAAUUAUAUACUUCCCAGUGAGCCACAGGGGCACACAAACACUGCAGACAGUAUUUGCAGGCAAUUACUCAUGACAAACAUAUAUUACUAUUCGUGUAGGUUUCCCACACUUCUGCUUUAAAAUUAACUUCAGCGCUCCUGUGAGACAUGACCUUCCUGGAGGUAUAAUUGACAGCCAGGAAGGUGUGACAAAUAUGGUUUAAUAAACAGUGUCCUUUUUAAUUUUUUUUUCUUUCUGUGAAUAAUUACAGUUUAACCCCUUAAGGAAACAUGACAUGUGUGACAUGUCAUGAUUCCUUUUUAUUCCAGAAGUUUGGUCCUUAAGGGGUUAAACCGGACUGGGUAUCAAGUUGAGCUACCAUGUAGGACUGGCUAAUCAACAGAUGCAACUUGCAACAUUGUUACACAAUUGUGACUAAACUCCAUAAACUCACACAGGACCAGCACAUUAAGACAUUGCGCAAUCUCUUGGGAAACAAAGCUGUCUCUCUGUUUUCUGAUUUUUCUGUUAAAGGGCAUGACUUCAUGAAGCAGAACAAAGACUGACAGCAGACGUUUUAUGAAGGAUCUCCUGUGUCUUGAGACCUUUAUGUGUCACAACCAGUCAUGUAAUACAGUAAAGACAAAAUAGAUAAAGCACACGAAGAAACUGGUUGCCAUGGAGGUAUCUUAAAAAAGUGAAGAAAAAAAAAAGUCACAGUGUAUAAAUUAUAUGCACUCUGUCCUUGAGUCUACUGGUGUAGAUCAGAUGGAAUAUUGUUCCUCACGCUGUAUUCAGUUUGUUUUUUUACCGCUAUGGUUCAUAAAUACUUCUGGUUAAUGAACUAUCCACAUCAGUUUGGAAUUAGGGCAAAUUGCCUGAUGCGUUCAUUUGGAAGAAUGAUGGAAGAAUUAAAAAAAAAAAAAAAAAAAUUCUCCUGUAAAGGCUAUUUUCUACUGUCCUCUUCCCUUUACAUAGUGAAAGUUUGAAAUGCCUUUAAAUGCCUGAGUUAACAAGCAACAGAAUCAUUUCUUUCAGGCACGAAUAUAUCUGAUUACGCUUAACACAGAGUGCUCAAAUUUAUCGAUUUAGUAGGAAGCCAGGAACAUGCUUAAUUAAAAGGCCGUGGUUUAUCCUUCCUGCAGUGCUACGCUGAAUUCACAGAAGAGGCAUGGAAACCGUGAAUAGUCUCUCGUAGCGAAACAAUGCUUGAUUGAUGACUUGUGAACAUACCUGUAGUUUAUUUAUUUAAAUUUUUUUGCUUCUUGACAUUAUUUUACAUUUGUAUUAAAUGAAAAUACCUGCAGGUUUUGCAGUUAAUAAUAAAGCUUCACUGCUAUUUUGGAGCCCUUCUCAUAUUCCUUGCAUUGCAAAUAGGUUUAUGCAACUUUAAACAAACUCUCACAUUGGGAAACGCUAUUAAAGGGACGUUCUGAUUACCAUAACAACUUUACACAUGCUGCAUAGAGUAUGUUGCAAAGAGCUCCUCCGUUCCUAUAAUAUCUAAAUAAAAUGGCUUGUAACUUCAGCAAUUUCACAGAACUGCGAGAGGGAACACUGCGUGACUGCUCUCAGAUUACUCAUUAUAUAAGUUGUACUUGGGGAUGAAUUGUAUAUUCAUUAAAAUGUUACCAGAAAGGAGCGUAUCGCUUUUAGGUUGUUAUGGUGUGAGGAGGUCCCGGGCACAGACUUUUAUCAAGGAAUUAAACCUUUGACAAAGAUGUAGCCCACAAGUUUCUAGAUGUGUUGACAUCUCUGCCCCUUUACUUCCUUUCUUUAUCUGAGGCUUCAAACUCUAAGCCUUGGACCAGACAACACUGAUAGGCUGAGAACGUCCGCUAUUGUUCUUGCCCUACCAGUAGCUCUCCAAUCACAAGAUGGAGAAAAGUGUGCGUUUUUAAUUUUAAUUAUUUGUAAUUGGUCAGUUCUUCCAUUUUGUCUUUUUGUCUCUUUUGGGAAAAGAGAAAACAAAGUAUUUUUGUAGAAAUGCUAGAUAUGUAAUUUUUAAAUGUCAUUAAGUGCAUUGCCAUCACUAUUGUAAUUUGCAUAUGAUGAUCAAUGAUGAUUUGCUUUUUUGUGAUCUUUUUUAGAUAAAUAGUUAAAAUAUUUUGUUAAACCCAACUGUUUUAGUGUUGAAUAACUUGUUCCUAUUCACUUUGUCACUGUAUUUAUAUACAUUUUUUUUUCCCCCCUUUUCCAGAUAUGAAUAUGGAUUUUAACCCCUCAGAUCACCCACGGGCGAGCACAAUGUUCCUCAGCAAAUCCCAAACUGAUGGUAGGAUUCCAAAAUAUUCUGUUUCCUUCUUUGUAAUGUCUUACUGUGUAAUAAAGGCGGUCUUGUGACUUGCUGUUUGGGGUUUUAAAACUGUGGUCAGGGACCAGAAUACCUGCAGGUAUUCUAAAUUAAUGGCAGCCCCAGUCUGAUUGUAGCAGCAGAAAUGUUGUUGUUAGUGAGAAUAUGUGAGUACCAUGACUUUCACAUAGAUUUUCAGUAUUUAGUUUAUUCUAUUUUAUAGACACUAAACUUAAAGGGACAGUAUAGUCACCAGAAAAACUACAGCUUAAUGUGGUUGUUCUGGUGAGUAUAAUCAAACACUGCCUUUUCAGAGUUCACUGGAGGUGCUUCCUGGGGAAGAGAUGCACAGUAGGCAGCACUGCUCUUCAGCGUCUCCACGCUCUUCAUGGAGCUGCUGAAUUUUCUCAAAGAUGCAGCUCUAUGAGGUGAUGAUUGGCCAAAACAGUGUUUGGCCCUGCCCCCUCCAUGCUGAUUUCAGACAAUCCAAUGCUUUCCCUAUGGCCUUAUGGGAAAGCAUUGGAUUGGCUAAAAAUCAGAAAAUCACCAAGGAGGCAGAUCAGGUAGCGGGGCCAUCUUCGUUGAACCAGUGCGGCGAUGGAAAUAAGGGGAGUUUUUUAAAAUUUUAUAAGGUGGGAAGAGGGAGGCACGUAAAUGAUGGAUUAAACACUAUAGGGUCAGGAUGACAUGUUUGGGGUUGAUUGAACUUUUACUGUUCUUUAAAGCACAAACAUGCUUUGACUUAAAGGAACACUAUAGGGUCAGGAACACAAAUACUUUGAAUACAUGAUAUAUCAUAGAAUUACAUGAUGUAUUCAAUGUAAGUUACUAAGAUUAAAGAGACACUAUGGUCACCAAAACAACUUUAGCCAUCUUGUCACAUGCCUACCUUACCGAUCAUCUGACAUGUUUGUCAUCCUGUUAUUACUCUUACUUUAACAAAAACCAUUUUUAUUAUACUGAUUGAAUUGCUUGCUUUAGCUGUUGUGGCAUUGCAAGCCUGUCUCUAUCACCUAUGCACAACUAAAAUAAAGAAUUUAAAAACAAAAACAAAAAACUUUAGCUUAAUGAAGCAGUUUUGAUGUAUAGAUCAAGCCCAGUCUCACUGCUCAAUUCUCUGCCAUUUAGGAGUUAAAUCACUGUUGUUUCUGUUUAUGCAGUCCUAGCCACACCUCCCCUGGCUGUAACUCACACAGCCUGCCUGAAUUAAAAAAUGGAACGUAUGUUAAGUAAGAUGUAACUUACUUUAAAAGUUUUUAUCUUCUGCUCUUUGAAUUGAACUUGAAUUACAUUCAGGAGGCUCCUGCAAGGUCUAGCAAGCUAUUAACGGAGUAUAAGAUAGGAAAUUCCAAAUUAAACAGAAUGUGUAAACAUUAGAUGACUAUUUGCAGGAAAUGUUUAUGAAGGUGGGACUUGGGCUAUAUAAACAAUGUGCUUUAACUCCUAAAUGGCAGAGAAUUGAGCAGUGAUACUGCAUGGGCAUGAUCUCUACAUCAAAGCUUGCUUCAUUAAGCUAAAGUUGUUUUGGUGGCUAUAGUGUCCCUUUAACUCGCCAUACCUCUUUCCAUCUCCACCAUUUUCUCAGUUUCGUAGGUAUUACUCUUAAUCUAACACCCACCUCUAUUCAGUCCUCCACUCAUCCCCUGGUCUUCUUUGAUUUCCCCUUUUUGGAAACUGUUCCCCAAGCAGGGCAAACCUCCUCAGUAAUGCAGAUAUACUAGCCUCGUUGAUGGCCUUUGAACGAUGUCAGUCACUCCGUUCCUAUACUCCCUAGCAACCGCAGCUCAUGCACUGUUGUUGCUAUGCUUGUGAAAGCAGAAUGACCUCCUAUGGGAGGUCUUUUCUGCUCUACCUUGUCAGUCAAAUCAUGGGCAUAGAAUCUAUUUAUUUGUUUUUCAGAAUUAUACAUUUGGUUACACAAUGUUUAUACAAGCAUCCUUUAGAAACCCCCCUAAUGUUUCUUAGAACCAAACUAUGUGGUUCUGUCUGUUCAAAGAAAUUUGUCUGCACUUCACUCCUCAAAAUGGCUAUAGUUUUACCUUAUACAGUGGGACCUCGGUUUGCAAACGCCUCGGUUAACAUCAUUUUCGGUUUACAAAUGAAAUUCCAUUGAAAAUAAUGCCUCGGUUUACAAAUUUUUUUUUGCAAUACAAAGCAAGUUUAUAGCACCGCCCCCCUGCAUGCUGGAGCCUGUGGGUAGCACGUGGCGUCUAGUGUGGAGGUGUUGUAGCGGCUUUUGCAUCGGGUUUUGGAGCCAUUCUGGAAAUUGUUUGCAGUUGGUUUGGGACUUUUUGGUGCAUUUCUCAAGCUGUGGAAAGGUAGGGAGCAGAGCUUCAUCGUUUGCAUGCCUUUUAUUGUGUGUUCUCCAUUGUGGGUUGGUUUCCAUGCCAGCUCAUUUUGACUUUUUUCUGACCUCCAGAACGGAUUAAUUGGUUUCCAAUGCAUUCCUAUGGGAAACUGCGUUUCGGUUUACAAAUUUUUCACAAUAAGAAACGUCACAGAGAACGCAUUAAAUUCGUAAACCGAGGUCCCGCUGUAUUUUGAAUUCAGAAGAGCAUUAGUCAGUUAUAAAUAAGUUAUUUGAUCGUGAUAAGUUUUCUUUAACACAAUAUUUAGAUGUGACCCAUCACAGAGGUCUGGAACUGUCAAGAGCAUUGUUGGAUUUUUUUUUAAAUCCCCAAAACAGUUUGAGUGGUGGGGUUGAGGGUAGUGGAGUUCCAAGGUUUGGCUCGGUUGCGUUCCACCAUAUUUUUCUGUAGCUGAUUUUCAACUGUUGGUUAAAACAGUUGCGUCUGCUUUUCAUCAAAUGUCAAAGGACUAUAAAAGAACACUCCUGAAUAUUUUUUUAUCUGAGUUUGAUGUACAACGGAGUUUCAUGAAAUAUUGCAGGAACUUAAUGGCUUGUUUAGCUUCCUCUGCAGUAAGCUGCUGUACAGGCACGUCGUCCCGGUGCAUAGAUAGUGAUUGUGACGCUGCAGCCUGUAAAACAGAAGGAUGCAGCAACGUUUCAGCCAGGCCUUCAGAACUCCUUUAUCAACAGUGCUAAUAACUUGGCUAUAGUUGCUUUGUGGCUUUAUAUAAAUAUAAAGCCACAAAGCAAGGUGCAGUUAGUAGCACUGUUGAUAAAGGAGUUCUGAAGGCCUGGCUGAAACGUUGCUGCUUCCUUCUAUUUAUAUAUAUGCAGCAAUUAUAUAAUAUAUAUUUUUUUUUCAUGAAAAAACAAAAUGCAGCCACUGCCCUGUUGUUGGUAUUACCUCGCUGAAAGAACUUUGUAUUCCAAUUGAUGCCGGGUAUUAAACUUCACUUGUAAAGAGACAAUAAAACAAAUAUAUUAUAACAGUGUCAGAAAAUCACAGAGGACCCCCCCUCCCCCCCCCCCAAAAAAGGUACCAACUCUACCAGCAUAUUUAUCGUAAGGAACACACAAACAUUUUGGAUUGCUACAGCUCCACCUAGUGUUCAAUCUGCCAAGAACAAUUACUGUAAGGUUGCAUAGAAUGCCACAAGCUCCUUCAUUGUAAUCGAUAAGGGAAUAUUUCAGAAAACCAUUUAAACCAUUUGUAGCUGCAGCAUACCCUCCACAUAGAUUGAAAUACAAGUCUAGAAAUCAAGGAAGUGCAACUAGAUGGUAAAUGUGCACAAGGAGAGCUACAUACUAUUUAUUUCAAGGACCAAAAAUAAACAAACAAAAUAUUGGCAUAGAGUGACAAAUGGUAAACCGUAAACCUUUGUUUCCUUUUGGUCCUUCAUAUAAAUUGUCUGUAGCACUCAUUGUGCACAUUUAGAAUCUAGUUACACUUACCGUACUUGAUUUAUUUUCUGUACUUGGAUUUGGCCUUGCUUGGCAGCACUAAGUUGUAAGGUCUUACUUAGAUUUUGGGUACUGCAGUAACUAACCCCUCCUGUAUCUCUAUGUAGAAAUAAAUACAGUCUUACAGAGAAAUUAUGACAAUUGUGAGAUGGUCUGCUUAUUGUUGCCGUAAUAUUUGCUGAUCUGCAGUUAUGUACAACCGAAUGCAAUGGAACAGGGACAUCUUUACACCAUAAAUGUUGUGAAGAACAUAAGUUGUUGUGGUGUUGGCCUACUUUUAUCAAGUUGCAGAUUCUGCAGUUACUCGAGCACACAUUUAUACUCUAUUUUUUGGGGGGUCCUGUUUUGCAAAUCAAGUAAGAGUUGGGGCUACUUAAAUUUCUGAGUGUUCUCCAUGCUGUUUAACUUGAUAGCUGAAAUUAGCCGACUGUCUUUUUACUUAUUUUUUUUUCUUUCCAUUUUUUUCUCCGCACAAGUCCUACACCAUUCGUAGACGGAUUUAAUACUCCUAGCAAUCCAUUUUACAAUAACUAAUACUCUGACGUGCUCGACAAUCAUAUUUUGUAAAAUUGUACCUCACACUUUCUUGUACAAAGUUUACUUUGUCUUGUUGAAGUUACAUGCCUGUCUCUGCUGCUGUACAGACCAAGUGUGUGCGCGCGCGUGUGUGUGUGUAUAUGUGUGUAUGUGUAUAUAUAUGUGGGUAAUCUUCAUUAACAAUACUUAGCAAGUUUGCAGUAACUGACAGAUAUUUGUUUUUCAAAUACUUUCGGGGAAUAGAAGGGUAGAAGAAAAGGAAAGCACGCUCCAGAACAACAUGUGUUGAGAAAUUAAAAUGGUUUUAAUAUUAACUCUUAUAGUCUGUUUUGUUGGUACCGUACAUAAGCAUUCCUACACACUCAGUCAGAUCCUCCCGCCAUGAAUGGUCAGUGGAUGGAGAUCCUCUGGAUUCAGGACCAGAGCUUAUCCUAUAAGUUGUGUGCAUAUCAAAUAUUUUAACUCUUCCUGUAUGUGAUAUAACUGGGUGGGCUUAUUUGCUGUGACGAGGUCAAUGGGAAUGGUGUGUUACUUCCAAGGGUAAUGGUGUGGUCCGUUUCAUGUAUUAAUAAAGUCUUAAUGGAGUUGCUCUGCUUUUAAUUUUUUUUUUUUUUAAACUGAAAUCUGUAGAGUUGUGUGUUUUGACAACUUUCUACAGCUUCAGGACAACUUGCAUAAAUCUUAGUAAGUGUGACAGUAAAGUACACUUACUGUAAUUGUGAUAAAUUUCUUGGAAACAAAUUGUUAAAUCUUUUUUUUUUUUUUAACUUGACAGAGCUGAAAAAUUGGUGCCCUAAACUGUACCAAGGGAACAUUUUAUUGUGUCUGAUGUUGAACAAGUACCCCAAAAAAUUAAAAUGUUAUUUAGAGAUAUAUGUAUUUUUUUUGUCUCUGCAGUGAGAGAAAAACGAAAGAGUCUUUAUAUAAAUCACGUAAGUACAAUAUAAACAUUAUGUCCUAUUGGUACGAGAGUGCACAGUCAACAAUUGUGGAUGGGCAGCUUGUUUAAAUAUUCGUGGAGUAGCUAUUUUUAGAUCAGAAGCUAGUGCCAAGAAAACAAAAAAACUUGAAUCUCCAUGAUGAUGACGAAGUGUACACUAAUUACUCAUUCAAACAUUGCCGUGUUGUUUGAAGCGUGCCAUGAAUUGUUUGAGUUCUCAUAUUGAAUUAGUUACACAAACAAAAUGAUCUCUGGUUUCGGUUGAUUAUUUGCCUAGAGGUACUGUAGGUUGGCUGCCAUAUUUUCCUGGCCUGCUAAAUGCCUCUAACAUGCUGGUUGAAGUAUCUGAUGUCCAACAAGACUACUCUAUGUAUCACGUUCUGUGUGUGUAUAUAGAUAUUUUACCCAGUGUGAUACAAUGUGUAAUGACUAAACUAAAUGUAUGGAAGCUUAAAGAUCACUUGACAAACUUUGUAUUUUAUGUGGAACACAUUGGAUAAGAUUGCAUUUUUGAAAUAUAUAUUUAUAUUGGUAAAACCUAUGAAAUAAAUGUUUUCAUUCAGAUCAAACUAGCAAAAUAAAUCCUAAAAAUGUUGGACUCUCAAAUUUAACAUUUUUGAAGCCACGGCCUCUUCUGGGAUUUGUUUGUUGGUCAGCUGGUAACACUCACCUUUAGGAAACGAGUCUUAAUAAGGUGUCACGGCCAAUCCUUAAAGAACUUAUUUUUUUUAAUUUUUAAGGCCACAAAUAAUUUUAUGUUUAACUUACACAGAUGUGAAUCACAAGUUGUGUUUUUUCCACUUUUUCUCACAUUUUUCUGGUGUUUAGUAGUGUGUGAUUUUACUAAAAUGAAAAUCUGUUUUUCCGUAUUUCCUCCAGCAUCCACCAGGACAACUCAGAAGAAAGUACAGUUCCUGUUCUACUAUUUUCCUUGAUGACAGCACAGUCAGUCAACCGAACCUCAAGUACACGAUUAAGUGGUGGGUGUCAAAUUCCAUUGUGCUGGGUAACGAUAUCCAUUGUAUCCAAAUUUCUGAUUUGUUCAUUAUUUCAGAUCAAGAUUUAAUUUAUCGUAAAUGUCAGAGAAGGCCCCCCUUCCUAAUUUGACUUGAGUAGAAGCCUUGAAUACUGCACGUAUAGUACAGUUGCCUGGUUUUAGCCACGCGACUGUACUUACUAUAGCUGAGUUGCCCAGUGAUGAUAUUUUUUACAUUCUGAAAUCUCCAAUGCCAUGAAGAUUUUUUGCAAACAUGCUCUUAUGCAGAAUAUUUCAACAUUUAUAGUGAUCUCCUUUUUGUCACACCAGGGUUGUUUGAUACAUUGUAUUUCAGCUUAUUCACAAAAAUGUCAGAUCCUGCCUGAAUUAUUUGUUAAUGAAUGAGAUAAAGGUACAGCAAAUCUCUUCCUAUAAUAAAAUCAUAUUUGGUAAAUUCAUUUUACCCAAUAUGAUUUUUUUUUUAUUAGGAAGUCCUAAACAGCAGUUUUCAUAGGUUUAUGUGCAAAUUAUUCCUUAAUUUUAUUUAAUGACUAAAAGAUCUCCUCUCUGUGUAAGAAUCCAAACUUAGAUAUUUUGUUAUUUACCUUUUAAUUCAUUAAAUUGGUUUAUUUGUUAACCAGAAUUGCACAAAGCUAGAUUUUAAGCAAAGUGCAAAAACCAAUACUAAUUUCCUGGUUAAAUUAUUUGUUGUGGCUUCCUGUGGAAGUACUGGUUUCUCGACAAAAAGCUCAUUGCAUACACAUGUAUGUUUCAGCUCGCUAUGUUUUCAGAUAAGUAAAAUAUAUUUCUGUAUCUAACUGUGCCCUAUCUAUGCAGCUCUGGGGUCAAAGGGGAUAGAGGAAGUGGUAGGUGUGACUCAACCCGCAUUCUUGUCAACAUACUUCUGUGACACCCUGCCUGGUAGUGUAGCCAAUCAGGGCUGGUCAUUUAUUGAGCGCUUUCAUCUGGGCUGAAAUGCAAUCAACUUCAUCAACAUGAAUUUGAUUUAAAUGGAAAAAAAUACAAAUAAAUUAAAAAAUGGUUUCUGCGACCGCAAACAAUGGACACAUUUUCAAUUUCAUCCCAGCGCUAAUUUAACAAGCAGAAUGCCGAUAUCAAAACAUACAAAACCUGGUUAAAUUAUUUAUUGAUGACUUGCACAAAUAUUAAAAAUGCAAUUUACAAAGAUAUUAAAUCCUUAUAUUUUUUUGUUUUUUUUUACAGCGUAGCACUUGCAGUAUAUUAUCACAUAAAAAACAGGUAGGUUGGACCUUUUAUUUUACUUAAUUUUAUUUAUUAAAUUUACCCGAAACCUACACACGGUUUUUAAUUAUUUUUAUUAAGUUUGUUUAUUGUAUUUUGCCAGUAUUUUGUUUCCUGCAAUUUUGAUUGUGCGGAAAUAAAUACUCAUCUAUUUUAUUUUCCGUGUUUGUAUUAUAUGUGCCUCCAGUUGUAUAGUCUGCGUCCUGUGCGUGUUUAAAUGAAUAUUUUCCUUUCAGUGCAAAUUAUCUAAGGUCUUUCAUUAUUUGUUGAGUUUAUUACAAGUAACUUAAAUGUUUUCACAAAACCUCUGUUUAUCUGGAACCUAUGAUAAAGUGGUCAGCAGGCAUGCUAGCUAGAUAACUCUGGAUGUGCAUGAAUAUUUUUCUACCAAUUAGUUGGCUUUAAGGGACACCGUUGGCACCCAGACCACUUAAUUUCAAUGAAGUGUUCUGGUUGCCAUUCCCCUCUUGUUUUGUCCACACAGUAUACAACAUUGCACUGUUGCAGAAUAGCAAUGGCAGGGUUUAUAUGCCUCUAGUGGCUGUCCGAAAUAGCAUAAAGCUCUAUUUCAAUCAGUAUUUUCGAAACUCUGAUUGGUGCAACAUUUUGCUGCGCAAGCUCACUAGCCUCCCAAUGUAUUACUAUAGGAAAGCAUUGGAUUGGCUGAGAGUAUUGUUGAUGAUCUAAGCCACCAGCAGAAUGUAGCGAGUGGUGUGUGUAUGUGUGUCAAUUUUUUAUUUAUUUAUUUAUUUUAAAUACUUAUGGGGGUGACUUGUACAGUGUUAGGAAUACACAUUAUACACAUCUGUAUGUAGGCUGUAUUUAUGGCACCCGUUGAUUUUUUAUUUAUUUAUUUUUUUUUAUUUUUUUUUAUUAUUUUCAUUUAAAAGCAUGCUGAAUUGAACAGGCUCUAUUUAUAUUUAAUUGCAAUGCUUGUAGUGUUUGUUAGUUUGAAAUUGAUCGAUGAUUGAUUUCUUCUGCUUUCUGAGGCAUAUUUAGAUUGCUAGGCGUAAAUAAUGCUAGCUACAUUUUACCAUGAUCAAUAUGGAUGUAGGGUGCUUUUUGUAAUAUUUAUAGGCUUGGAAACCCAUUUUCAUUAUUGCAGAUGUGUUGCACAGUUGGGUAUGUAUUCGUAAAUUAGACGUAAACUCACUGCGUAUUACACACAGUCAGCUUCUACUUUGUUUGAUAAAUACAUAUUUCUGUAGUUUAUUUGUGUGUAUUAAUUGGUAAAAAACAGAAAAUAUUAGAACAAGCGAGGGUCGUGUUUAAAGCAUAAUUCUGGGACAGAAUUCUAAAAUUUGAGCUGUCAGCAUAAACAUUCCAUUGGUUUCCAUGGUGAUAGUUCCCCCUUUCAAACUUUGCUCCUGUAUUGUUCGUGAUAAAUAAUCCCCAGUGAAGGUGGUAAUGAUGUGAUAUUUGCUUCUAGAUCCUUACAGUAGGUACUCUGUCAUUUUAGUUUAUAGUUUCCUCGGUCUAGUGAUGACCGCCAACAUUUUGCCCAUUAUUGGUCUGUGUUGAAUCUGUGGGUUCAGUGUAUAUAAGGAAUUUAGGAUUUUUUUUUUUUUGUACGUUGGAGGAACAAUUAUCAUUUUAUGUAAUAUGCUACCUGUUAAAGGUGGUAUUGACUGUCUCUUGAAUAAUUAAUUAUGCGUCUUGGGAUGUUGUUCUAAGCAAGCAAUAAGAUUUGUCAGCUUGACAAGGAAGCCAACCUCUGGAAAAGCUGUCAGAGUUAAUUUGGGGAAAUAUUAGUCAGAAAUAAGAUUUUUGGCCUGACAAGAACGGGAUGCGGAAUAUUAAACUGUGUUGACCUAAUGAGACAUGCUACCCAAUAAAUUAUUCAGUUUUAUUUAAGAAUUCUGUGUGGCCAAUCUCCUUACUGCUCAUUUAAAGAGGGGACUCUAUUACCCGACCCAUUUAAAUAAAAAAAAAAAAAAAAAUGUAAAUUGUAAAAAUAGUUUUACAACUAAGAACCACUAAUCCAGUGGGUGACCUCUAGAUUGCUGCUUUGCUCGCUAUAUGGUAGUUCAUUGCUCCUUUACUGUAUGUACUAACAUAUUCUUGUGACCAUGCAAGUCAUUCAUGCAGAUUGCUAGCAGUGCGAUUAUUCUUGGAUCGGUUGAGGUUGUAGAAAGUGUUUGACACGUUAGGCUCAUGACACUAAGGCAUGAUUACUUAAUAAAGGGACAUGAUGAGAUAAAAUGAUCCCCUUUUUCUAAAGCAAAAUAUAGAUAAUGCAUUACAAAUAAUAAAUAAACGAAGAAAAAAGAGAAAUACUUUUAAAAAUCCAGAACCUGCUGCUUAUUGCAGACUCCUUGUUACCUGGAAGAGGCUUCAUCAAUUAGCCUCUCUUUCUGGUCUAUAGUGUCUGACCUUGUGCUAUAAGUAUGUCCGGCAGUGGUUAUAGUUUAAUUCCCAUCAGAAAUUCCCCAUAGGGUGAGUGAGGUACACUGCCUUAUUGCAGUUGGUAUAAUUCUAUGCACAUUAUUUUGCGAUCCAGUGUGUGCAGCUAUCCCCCCCAGAUUUGCAUAUGACAGAGAUCAAUCCAAGAUACGUGUGCAGUCUAUGCCUGCUGCACAAACAACUUGGACAAAAUUAAUAUUGGCUGCCUAGAUAAUAGACUUCCACCUGCUUGAUUGACAGCUCCCAGGGCUGUCUUACAGCACAACGUACUCUAUUCACCAUAACAUCUGCAAUAAUGAAACCUUAUUGGGGUGUUGUGAAGGCCUGUGCAGUCAGUCAUUCCAUAUUCAGGAAGUCUGUGUAUGAAUUUAACAUAAACUUCAUUUUUAACAAAUGUAAAUAGCUACACUUAAACAUGUAAAUGUAGUCGGAUGCUUUCACUUGUUUGACAUCUUCAGUGAAGCAUAGAAAAGCAAUUUGAUGGUUCACCUUGUUUGUUUUUUAUUGGUAAAUAUUUAACUUUUGGAGUCCACAGGGAAUGCUUGAGAAUGUGUUUUUUGUAUUUUUAUUUUUUUGUGUUUGUGCAAAUUUUUGUUAUUUCACAGAGAUUCAUUAGAUAAUCGGUCAAUAUGGAUAUGUCCUGAAAAUCUUUGAAACAGUUUUUGUCUUGGAAAAAGUCAUCUAUUGCACCCUCUGCUGUCUGUUAAAGCAAGCUGCACACCAAUUAAACUGUAGUGUCAUUAUAUGGUAUAUUAUUUUGUGUUUGUAUGUGUGUGGCAUCAUCUAUGUAUUAAUCUCCGAAAAUGCAUGGUUUGACUGACACCACACAGUGGCAGGAUAUAUACAAUCUGGCCUGCCUGAGAUUGAUCAGAGUUACACCACUGGGUAGUAGCUUGCUGAGUGUUGUGCAUGCAGCACCAUGAAAUCGCAUGCUGUAGGAAUUUAUAAGUUGCAGUGAACUUGCCACAGGGCUGUAUAUCUCAUAGAAGCAAGUGAUACUUGUUGUUUUACAGCUAGCACCUAACUUUUAGAUUUACUUUAUAUUUUUAACAGAGGAUCUAUAUGUAUUGCUGGUGUCUGUAUAGUCCUUUUCUGAUUGUAGUUUCUACCGUUUCGUCACCCCUUUUACCCCCGUCUUCUGUGUGCCUAUUAUGGUUUCCAAAGCAAACUUUUUUGAUGAAUUUCUUGGCCUUACUCUGUGAUUGAUAAAUCCUGCCUAACAUUUUCUGAAAAUGUUAAUCUUCAAUUGUUUAGUAAUAUACUGACCAUUUUCAUUACCAUUUUUAAACAGACGUCAAUUCGUCAUGUCAUUGGUUAAUAGGAGUAUAUUGACCACAUGAUUUAUGUAACCACAAACGUAUGCAAUUAAUCACCAGUUUUACCUAAGAAGGUUAAAGACAUGGUUUUAUGUUGAUGAUUUUUCCAUGAAAGCAAACACGGUGUAAACAUUGGCCUCAGGUCAAAUUGCCACGCUCACUCAUUCAUUUACCCAAACGGUAAUUAUAGGUGUGUGUAUGAAUAUUAAUUUUAAAUAUAUAGUUUUCUAUUUUCCUUCUGUUUUAAUUUGUAAGGAAAAGGAUGAUAUUCAUUUCCCCAGUCUUACCUUUUACUUGUGUAGAUAGAUAUUGUGUAUUAAAUUAUAAUUGUGUGAUUCGAUUUUAUACAUUCUGAUGGAUACGGAUAUUUAUUAGUGUGAACCCUAAACUGUACUACUGUAAUAUAGAAAGUAAUUCUGCAAAGUAAUAAUUAGUAAUGCAAAAAGUAAUACUGGUUGGGGAAGGUAAGUGCCAGUUAGGAUAAGCUCUCCAUUCGAUCCCCCACCAAGGCCAAGUUCUACCUUAUCCCGAUCUUCUUCCGGGGGGAGGGGGGACAGUUGUUCUGGAGUAAUGAUGGUGCAGUUACACCCCCAGCAACAAAGCACCAUGACCACUUCCAAUCACUAAAGUGGUUGUGGUGUUGGGAGUAAGUUUCUAAGUUCUGUUGGCUUUUCACGCACAGUAUAAUAGCAGUAAUUGGCAUACAAAUAUAUUGGCGAUUUCAAUGGUACGUAAAAAAAAAAAGCAUAAAGUGAACACGUGUAACAUAUGUUCUUUCGGGUCAUUCUUAUUGUUGAAGGGUUAACACAGAAAAACUGUCUGUGUAUCUUGGAAACUGAUAACUUAUAAAAGGGAUUGUGCCGUUUCCAUGAUUCCCUGUUUUGAAGAAUUUCUUGUGAAAGGGUUUUGGAGAGAAAUCUAAUUUGAAAUGUUCUUUUUUUUUUUUCUCUAGAGAUGGCGAUGGGAGAUUGCUUUUAGAUAUCUUUGAUGAAAAACUUCACCCUCUUUCUGUAAGUACUCCUAUUAGUUUUAUUUAUAUUGGGAAAAUACUCCUCUGAAUAGGGAACAUCUUAUCCCGAUUAAAUUAAACUGAAAUUCUUCUUGACUUAAUUCAAAAAGACUUUGGCUAUAUUGCCCUGGGCUCGAUUUCCCAGCACUGAUUAAAGAAAUGCAUACAGGCAGUGUAUAAUUGAAGCUGGGCUACACUUGUUUGAUGUAUAGUAUCGUAGGCUACUUUUUAUUAUUUUUCUUUUACAUAUUUGCAAAUUGUGCCCAAUGCCUCAAAAUAAAGCGGAACGGUUUAAAAGUUUACCUGUUGGCCUUAAAUGAGUGGUUGGGAAAAAAAGUUAGUUUCCAUUUUCUUUUAAAUGUUUAUUAAAGAUUCAUCAAAUGGCAUCAUAUUCCAGUUUAUUCCUGGCACAGGCAAGGCACUCUUUGCAAACGAGGAGACAGCAGAAACAUUGUUUCAUUUCUCUUCUUCUCUGCGGACAAAGUUUAUUACAAUGAUUAACCAGAAGCUAAGAUGGAAGCACCCAUUUACAGAAAAAAAAAAAAAAAAUCAGUGUGGGUUUCUACAUUUAAUUUCUUUUUUUCCCCACAACUUUCUUUACUAACUUGAUCCUUAAAGGAUCAUUCAAAUGUUUUUUUUUUUGUUUUUUUUUUGUGUGUUGCAUUAUUUAUUUUCUUUGGCGAUUGUAUGAAAAAAACAGCUUGCAAAAGCUGCAGACCUGCUGCCUAUUACUACCUUUGCAAGCAGUACCCUUUUUCUUCGGCACAGACUUUUUUUUUUAGUCUGUGUUGUAAAAUACAUCGAUCAGAGGCUUCUAAUUGAGAUCCUUCUGUGCUGGAAUCCAGAGCGCAUGCGAUCAUGACUUUUCAAUGUUCUUCAGUGGGCUGUAGUACAGCUUAUUGAGAAGGUGGGAAGAAGGCACAUCUGCUGCUUAUCACGCCUGCUGCUUUCGUUAGAGAUGUGGAGCUAGAUGACUGUUUUAAAUCCAUGUGCGAUAUAAGACAAAUGGAUAUUUCCUUUUACGACAUUAUGUUUACUACAAUUCAGAAACAAGAGGCUAAGCAAACAUUUCAUUAAAGGGAUAGUCUAAGCACCAUAACAUCGCCUGCCUACUGUAGUGUUUAUGGUGCCAAGAGUCCCUUAUCUCCAUCCUUUAAGAGUUAAACAGGUUUUUGAUGGUUUGACACUUAUCAAAGUUUCCUGGUGCCUAUAGUCUGGCCACUUUUGUCCAUCAGUGUUGCUAAUGUUGAAGAUCUUCUGCAUUGUUAGCAUAAAUGCCAUUAAUUUUAUUAUAUACAUAUAUAUAUUUUUUGUACAAAAUUCACUGGCUCAGAAUUUCAGCUGACGUUAUUAAGCGAAUUAAUUCCAUUCAAAGAUGCAUUCCCCAGCGAAUGAAUUGUGUCCAACGACAGAACAGAUCUUGCUUAAUGCAGAUAGAAAAUCUUUAACUCAUUAAAAAUGCAUAAUGUAAUAUCCUUUUGUAUAAAGUGUUUGCUUAUUUAUUAUUUUUUUUAUAAAGGAUUGGAUAAAAGUUAUUUUGUAUCUCAUAUUCUUUAGCAAAUGCAAAGAUCAGUUUUGUUGCCGAAUAAUUUUCUAUGUCUUUUUAGCCAGGUAAGUACUUUUUCUGGAACAUGCAUUGCAUGAAAGCUUUAUAACACGACAAUUACAUUUUAACUUUACAGAAAUCAGAAAUACCGACGGACUAUGAAAAGCAUGACCCAGAACAGAAACACAUUUAUCGUUUUGUUCGUACUCUUUUCAAUGCUGCCCAGCUGACAGCAGAAUGUGCCAUCGUGACGUUGGUGAGUACCCUGUGGUAUCAUUCGUAUUGGCAGUGAAGCUCAAAGCAAGGACCGGUUAUAAGUACCUAUUGCGAAGUAUAACCCUUUUCAAAUUUUAAGUACGGUACUACUAGCGGACCAUAAUUUGCAACACCAGAGAGUAUGAGCGCUCUGUGUAGGUCUUUUAUUUGGUCAUGUUUUUGUUUGAGCAGUAAAAAGCAUGUCUUUCUCUGCAACGUUUUGGAUCAAGGAUGCAGAGGUUUAUAGCCUGAGCAAUUUUCGCAGAUCUCCGCAGUUAUUUAAAAUGAAGAAAAAGAGAUUAUCUGUUUGGUUAAAGCUGUAACUGCAUUAUACCUGAGAUGCAGGUGUGAUAUAUGUUAGGGACAGCUAAGCAUCCUUUUGAGACUGAUUUAAUCGGUACCAUGACAUUUGGUAAUACUCUUUUGACAGCAGAACCCACUCAAAAAAACGGGGAAAGUUACGUUUUGUUUUUUUUUGUUUGUUUUUUAAAUGCAGAAAAUCUUAUAUUCUUAUAAUUAUCUGCACAGAAUACAUUUUAUCAGUAAAACCAAUUUCCUGUGCAUUAUGCAGACUCCUGCUGGGAUCCGAGUUUCACAUACAUUUAUAAUAUCCAGAGGCAUUAUCGAAUUCUGGCAGUCAUCUUCCGCACCGAGGCAUUGGAGCCAUUUAAGAAGGAUUAUAAAAUGCAAAUAGUGCUAUGAUCUUAAAGGUGCACUGCAUGGAGUAGAUAUUAGGCAUACACCACAUCUAAUUAGGAAAGGAAAUUUCCCUAAGCACACGCAGGGUCAGAGAAUCACAUAUCUUAAUGCCAAAUCACCACGGAAAUAAUAUUGCUUAAAAACAUAAAAAACAAACCUAAAGAUUAUCUAGCCUUAUGAAAAUUAAACAUUAAUUUGGGGGAUUAUUGUAAAAAAAUAUAUUUUAUACUCCACGAUAUUCCAGAACUAAAUAGGUAGUUUAUACCCGACAAUUCCAAUACCCACUAACAAGCUGACCUGGGUCUAGACUGACUGAUUAUGUUAGUGUUUUAGAAAUUGUUACCUUUAUGCAUUUUAUAUGGUACACUGCGUAUAUUCUAAAUUAAUGUGAAACCUUUUUUUUUUUAAUCAUUCUUCAAAUUUUAAACGGAAUGUAAAAUAGCUUUAGUGCUAUAUGGUUUAAAAUGCAUAUUCAUUUUUUUUUUUUUUUUUAAACGCUGCGUUUAACCGCUAGAGAUGUGUUGACCGUAUAAGUGGUCAAAGUAGUGGAUGUCGCGCAGUUGGCUUUUUUUUUUUUUUUUUUAAAUGUAUUUUAUUUAUUAUAAUUCACUAUUUUCCAUAACCUUCACAUAUUAUGCCGUUUGCUACACUGGAAUAACUAGCCUUUUUUUAAGCUUACACUUUGACAAAGCCAAGAGCAAGUAAUCGGACAAGUGAGCUAAAACAAGCUGAGCUCACCAAAGAACAAGUUGUGCGAGGAGUUGUCCAUAUUCAGUAUUUUCUUUUCAAUCUGUCUGUUUUGGCUUGCUUUACUAAAGCAUGAUCAAACUUUCAGUCUACUGGAUUGUUCGGUUCUUGUAGUGUGUUCCAAUUUGUUCCUCAAAAGAGAGAAGGCGCUUUAAGAAUUUGCAGAUUCCAUAUUAUUUUAUAUUCUGGAAGAACACCUAGGUAAAGAUAAUCAGAGAAAUGUAAAAGUUGGUUUGUUUGAUAGUGGGUUCCAUCAAGUUCUUUGGUUAUAUCGUCACACUUAAAACUAUAAACUCGUAGAAAGAAAGAUUUUCCAGGUUCCUUACUUUAUUGGCCUCCAUUAAAUGUGAAUGUUACAUUGUUAGGGCCUUGAGUUUGUAUUUAGUCUCUCCUUAUUUUGUAUGAUAGGCAUUCAGGGAUCUGUCACUUUCUGGGGUCACUCGGGAUGGAAGAAAAGUCACUGUGUGGGUCCUGAGAUUCCUCUUGUGUUUUGGUCACCCUGUAACCAUUAUUGGUGCAGGGUAUGUUGAAUGUAUUGCUUGUCUGUGCCUCUCCCACUGCCCCUUUUUCCUGUCCUAUUGUUUCCCCAGCAGGGCAUUGUCCCAGGGACACUGCCAGACCAGUUUAAGCUUGCUACCCUGUCCCUCCUCAAUCUCCCAUCAGCCCUUGCUAUUGUCUGACACCACCCUUCCUUGUACUAUAGUACUCUAUGCACCCUAUUGUAUGUAAAUGAAACUGUUGGGGUCCUAAAAUAUGUGUGCUAUGUCUAUUAAAGUUUAGUUGUUGUUGUUGUUGUUGUUUUAACCUUCACCAAGUGUCGUCUGGUGUUUGGUCCAGGGUGGAAAAGGCUCUCCGUGAUCCCAGUCAAGCCUCAGCGACUGGGUCUGAAGUGCUCCAGGGUCCCUGAUAUCUAUUUAGAAGCAGACUUAGUGGAGGUACUUGGUCGGAGUACUGGAGCUCUGUCACAAUUACAUAUUUUGCAAAGAGUCCCAUAGGUGGCAUAACCAGUUAGGGUCUGAAGGACACUGGUAACAGUGGGACCCUAGGUUACCGUAAACUGUCUUUAACGGUGACCACAGUCUUUUUCGGCUCCUGGUGCUUCAUUUGCCAGAAGCCACGUCCGUGCUAUACUUUCAUGCAUGUGCAAGAACACAAUAAGGAGGUCUAUGCAGGACAGACGUCUCACCAUGAGCAAGACAGUGCCUGAAUCCCACACCUGUCAUUUGGAUUGGACAAAAGUUGAUGGUGGAGCCCUGCUUUUUGUCCAUAAGACAAAGUAGUCCCCAUUUUAUCUUAAAGUAUUUUAGGAUUAAGUUUUAAUGAAAUUCCAAUUCAGUUAGCAUAAGGAUUUCAUAAAGAUUAUACGAAAUGACAGUCACUUUUAAUCACUUUUGCUGUGCCACUUGGAAAUUAUCAAUGCCACACACUUUUUUUUUUUUUUUUUUCCUUAUAAGGUCUGCUUAAAGGACCACUAUAGUGCCAGGAAAACAUACUCGUUUUCCUGGCACUGUAGUGCCCUGUGGGUGCCCCUACCCUCAGGGACCCCCUCCCGCAGGGCUCUGGGGGGAGGAAGGGGUUAAACUUACCUCUUUCUCCAGCGCCGGGCGGGGAGCUCUCCUCCUCCCCUCCUCCCUCUUCUUCCGUCAGCGGCUGCGCAUGCGCGGCAAGAGCCGCGCGCGCGCAUUCAGCCAGUCCAUAGGAAAGCAUUCACAAUGCUUUCCUAUGGACGCUGGCGUCUUCUCACUGUGAAAAUCACAGUGAGAAGCGGAAGCGCCUCUAGCGGCUGUCAAUGAGACAGCCACUAGAGGCUGGAUUAACCCUAUUAUAAACAUAGCAGUUUCUCUGAAACUGCUAUGUUUAUAAAAAAAAAAAAAAAAGGGUGGAACCUAGCUGGACCAGGCACCCAGAUCACUUCAUUAAGCUGAAGUGGUCUGGGUGCCUAUAGUCAUCCUUUAAAGCCAGGUGUUUUCAAAGCACCCUUAGUGUUUUUACUUUUUUCUCUUUCAUUGCCUAAUGUACAUUUAUUGCUAUUUCUCUAGCAACAGUGCGUAAAUAUACUUACGGAACCAUCUGGUACAGAAAAUCUAAAUGAUCCAGGAAUUAAGAUUCUCAAGUUUUUUUGUUUUGUUUUUUAAUGUAAAGCAAAUCAUAGCACGUAGAUUGUAAUCAUUUUAAAAAGAAAGAAACAAAACCGGUUUCUAAGAGUGUGAUGAAAUUAUAUAAUUUUUGUGUGAGGGGAAAUUUGCAAAAAUGUUUUGAAAAAUAUAAUUUGCCUGAUUAAAUCUGUUCAUAUGUAAAUCUAGAUUAAAAUUGCUCAAACAGUGAAGACAAAUGUUGGUAUUCGUUAGGGAUCGACAGAUAUUGAUUUUUUUAGAGCCAAAUCCGAUAAUCUGUGAUCUUUCAGGCCGAUAGCCGAUAUUCUGUACAUUUACCAUUUUGAAAAAAUAAACUCUUUCUAAAGGUAAAUGCACAAAAUAUACAUGCCACAUGUAGUGGAUGCAGUGUGUAUUUGUGUAGUGUGUGUUUGUGUGGUGUGUGCAUAUAAUGAAUGCAGAGUGUGUGUGCUUGUGUAGGUAUGUAAUUUGUGGGGGGAUUUAAAAAAAAAAAAAUAUAUAUAUAUAUAUAUAUAUAUAUAUAAUAAUUUUUUUUUUAAUAUUUACUUUUUUUUUUUUUUUUAGUCUCACCUCCCUGCUCGUUACUUGGCCAGGGAGGGGGAGUAUGGCAUUCCCUGGUGGUCCGGUGGAAUGGACUCUGCAGUGGGGGCUCAGCAAGCUCUUGCCUUCCCAGCAGCUCCCCUGUGUAAAUCUUACACAGGUAAUCUGUGGCAACGCUCUGACUGCCGCGGGACUCGCAAGAUUUACACAGGGGAGCUGAAGGGAGCUGCUGGGAAGGUAAGUAAGAGCUUGCUGCGGGCCCUCCAGGACCGCCGGGCUUGUAAUGGGCCCGGCGGUCCUGGUAUGUAUUAUCGGCAAUAUCGAAAUCUCUAUUUGCCGAUACCGAUAUUGCCGAAAAUACAGAAUAUCGGCUGAUAAUAUCGGUUAGACCGAUAAUCAGUCGAUCUCUAGUAUUCGUGUUGUAUUAACAUGUAAAGCAUUGUCCUAAUUACUCUGCUUGUGUAAGAGUCACUGACAAAGGACAGACAAAAGCAUAAAAAACACUCCAAGCACCAUAACCACUACAGCUCACUCUCUCUCCUAUUGUAAGUAGUCGAACUGUUUGACUGAUUACCUGGAGUCUGCUGGGAGCCGCUCCAUAUCUCUACUACACAGGUUAGCUCAGUUUCUGGCUAGAAGGUAGAAAGUCCUGGCUCUCUUGCAUUAGCAGUGAAGGCGGGGAAUGGCAGUCGGACGGACUUGAUAUAAAUAAUGUGUAGUGUAAGUUCUGCCUUAUCAAGUUUUAUGAAGAGGAGGUGUAAGAAGUUGUUGUCAAACCGCUUCCAAAGUUUAACUAAAAUUGUGAAUACUCCCAUAGCUUGUUUGCGCCAUAACUACUGCACUGAACUGUAGUGGUAUGGUGCUUCGAACUCUCCGUUAAAGUUUUGACAUUAAUAAAUAGUUGUUUGUUUUUUACUUCUUCUUUUCUGAUUCAUGGUCAGAUCUAAACAAACAUCAAUGAACAAGUUGUUAUAGCUUGUUAUUUAAAGAAUCAUUAAUAUGUGGGGAAUUGUUAUUCCUUUUGAAAAUAAUACGUACAGAAAAUCUAACAAUAUAUCUAAUUUCUAAGGCUGUGCGUUGGAUCACAUAACGCUACAUGUAUAUUAUAUGUGGUUUAAAGAAGCAAACGAGUUUUCUUUUCUUUCUUUUUUUUUUUUUUAAAGAUCCAGCCAUAAGGAAAAAUUUAAAACUUGAACGGUUUAUAUGCUUAAAAUGUGCUCCAUCUCUCCUUACAGUUAUUUCUACUAGAGAAAUUCUUUCUCAAAUGGAACAGAAAACAAUAUACAAUAUAUGUGGCUGCAAUAAAUGACAUUGAGUUAAAUUAUGUUUGGCCAGAAUGCAGAUACAAUGUAUCUGCUCAAACGAAGGUUAUGUCAAAUCAUGCCACUGUAAUGUACAUAUUUUCGUUCAAACGGCUUUUAUUUGUGUCAUUGAAAAUGUACAACAGUGCGAUGGGAUAGCAAAAUAGGAGACAUGUAGGUCUGCAAAAUCGGGAACAGCAAUAUGAUUAUAAAUGAAUGUAAACCUAAACAAUAUUAACAGUUAGAUGGUAUUACAGUAUCAGUAUCGGUAAACUCAUCAUGUUACAUGCAUUCAAUAUGCAGACGUCUGCAUCCUAUGGUCGUACAUUAACGGGUGAGUGUGUCACCUCUGGGUGAGCCAGGUAGUGACUGUGUAGUACGUGGCCAAGAUUCGCCUGUUAUCAUAAUGAUUGCAUAUAGCCUAGGAGUAUCUUGUAGGCGAGUAGGGACCACUAUAGCGUCUGUGGUAUAGCUAACCUGAAAGUUUAAUUCGUCAUCCCAUACAAUAUUAAUAGUGGUCUUGCUACUGCCCACUAAUAUAGACUGACAUUGGGUCUUAUUUCCUUUGACCGCACACACACCGCGCGCAGGCCCUGUUUUGUCGUACGGGUGGUAUAAUCAGUUGGGUCAGUCUAUAUUCGUGGGCAGUAGCGAGUUAGCAGAGCAUCCGUAUAACACCUGAGGCCCAAGCCUGCCAUACCCUCCUGUUUGGCUGCGGUUGAGACUAGUGCGCACGGUCAGUGAGGUCAGACUCUUGCGCGAGGGCAGGGAAAGAGAACAAGUGGUGUAGAAAGAAGAACACGAAGACAGGAGAGGAUGGGGAAGAGAGUGGAAAGAUAAGAGAGAAAAAAAAGGGGGGGGAUCUCGAGGAGCACCUGCGUUGUUCCCGUGGUAUUCUUGGAUCCGUGGUGUUCCGUGCAGUUUGGUGUUACCAGCCCCGGCCCCCACACCCUGCUGCGCCACGUAGGCCAGCCACGGCCGCCACCUCUCAACAUGCUUCUCCUCCAUACCUAUCAACGAGGAGUGUAUCGCUUCCGCCCUGUAUAUCUCCUCCACCUGUUCCAUCCAUAGUCAAAUCGUCGGGGUUACAUCUUGCUUCCAAUGCAGCGGAAUCAAAGCCAUGGCGGCAUACAGCAGGUGUCGGAGUAUGGAUUUUAUAUACACCCCGAUGGUGUCUGUUGUAGAGUGUAGGAAAGCUGUCUCUCUGUCGAAUCUGCCGUCUGUCCCCAGUAUUUCCUCUGUUCGUCGUUUGACAUCGUCCCAAAACAGUGUGAUGCGUGGGCAUUCCCACCAGAUAUGUAAGAUCGUUCCUCGUCCCUCUCCGCAUCUCCAGCAUGUGUCGGGUACCGCCGGGAAGAUUCUGUGCAGGCUGUUGGGUGUUCUGUACCAGAACGAUAGGAGCUUAUAAUUGGUUUCCUGAUAGUUGGAGCUAGAGGAGCAUUUGUGAUGUAGGACCAGGAUCUUUUCCCAUAGAGUUGCGGUGAAUGAUGUACCUAGAAUGCGUUCCCAGCGUCAGCAAAAGGUGUCCGCCUUCUCCAGGUGACCUACAAGGAGGUGUGGUUAAAUGAGGGAUGUUGACUUGGCUAGGUUGGUCCUUCGGUCACAGAGUGCCUCAAACCACGUCACGUCCCUAUGUAGGGCUUCUCUGUGCGAUCGGGUUUGGUAGAAAUAUUUAAUUUGUGUGUAGCGGAAGAUUUGCAUUGUGGAUGGUUGGUUGUUGUCUAUCAAUUCCCGUAGUGGUAGUAGGCCUGUGUUAUUCAGCAUCUUAUAGAUGGGGAGGGAUUCUCCCCCGCCUGUGGAGAGUAGUAGGCGGUUGUCUUUCGACCACUUCACCAUGUGUUGGAUGGAUUGGACACUAAGCGUGCUAUCCCUGGCCUCGCGUCCGGGUAUGAAUCCCGUCUGAUCCGGGUGGAACAGUUUCAGCAGUAGGCCUCCGACCCUGGUGGAUAAUAUCUUGGUCAGUAGUUUUACAUCCACAUCGAGUGGGGAGGUCUGUCUAUAGCUGCUGCAUAGUUCGGGGUCUUUCCCUGGUUUCGGGAGAACCGUGAUUGUAGCCGCAAGUGACUCUUGGUGGAACUGAGCGUCCUCUAUGAAAGCGUUGAAUGCAUUGAAUGCAUUGGUAAGUUUUGGGAUUAAGAUGUGUUGGAAUUUCUUAUAAUAUUCUAGGGUGAAGUCCUCUGGGCCUGGCGCUUGACCUGUUUUAGCUGCUUUGAUCGCUUCCGCCACCUCCACCUCCGCCUCUGUUAUCGGUACCUCCAAGUCCUCCGAUUCCCCUCGUUGCAGUGUCACCCCCACAUAGGUUUCAAUGUGGUUCCGCAUUUUUUCGUUCCUAUCUGCUAUCUCAUUUGGUUAAUGUACAUAUUUUCAACAAGUUGCUACCAUGGAGGGGAGCUAGGCAACCAUAGUCGAGUGGCUUAAGAAUUUAUAUGUAUCUACAUCUGACAGUCCUAAUCUAACCAGUGAGAGAACCAUUCAUUGGUUCCCCCCAUUUUUUAAAUUUUUUUAUUUUUAACUUUUGCCAUUCAGUUUAAUCCAGGGCUGUCAAACCUGCGGCCCCCCAGAUGUUGCUGAACUACAACUCCCAUGAUUCUUUCAAAUAAAAAGACAGACAGGGAAUCGUGGGAGUUGUAGUUCAGCAACAUCUGGGGAGCUGCAGGUUGGACAGCCCUGGUAAUCAAUGACUGUAAUCAAUGACUGUUCCUUGUGUCAUAAUCUUUUAAUGAAAAUGUUCCUACAGUAGUAAUAUAUUAGUCUCCGAUUUCCUUACACUGCUCCUGCUCCAUUUAAAUUGUAUGUGAUCCAUUUUCAUGGUGGCGUUUAAUUUAAUGCAGCCUGUGUCAGUCGCAUUACCUCACUCUGCACUUCAGAGGAGGGAGGAAAGUCUUCUUAAUUUAUUGAAGCAGACGAGCACUUAGGACAGACACCAUGACCAUCUGCAAGUCACAUUCAGCCAGAGUCACAACAAGGAUUUCAUGAAAUAUGAGUGAACGUUUUAAGGCAGAGUUAGUGUAUUUCUAUUAAUCGGUUUGCACAGAUCUGUCUGUCUAUAUACUCAGAAAUUGUGGCAUGCUGUAUCUCUGCUUCGAUGAGCAUAUAAUUAACCCCUUAAAGGGACACUAUUGGCUCCCAGACCAUUUCAUUGCCCUCAAUGCUUUACUAUGGGGGGGAGGGGGAGAAUGCGCAGGCAGAGGGACACUGUAGUGUUAGUGUAAGAAAUACAAAAGUAUAUUCCUAUCUGUUGUAUAGUGGCAUCAUUUCAUCGUAACAUUAACACAUGGACAGCUGGCCUGCAUGGCGACAUUUCAUGGUGAGAGGGCAGUGGCUAUGGGGUGCAAAUUGGAACGAGGGUUAAAAUACUUAAAAUCCCUUUAGCUGUUAAAAUACUUUAAGCCGUUUGAUUGCCAGAAGAUAUGCAUAAUAACCCUGCUUUCUACCUAAACAAACUAUUAUUAUUAUUAUAAUUAUAUUAUUUAUAUAGCGCCAUCAGAUUCCGUAGCGCUGUACAAAGGGUGGACUAACAGACAUUUAAUUGUAACCAGACAACUUGACGUACAGGAACAGAGAGGUGGAGGGACCUGCUCAAUGAGCUUACAUUCUAGAGGAAUGUAUUAACUUGACUAACUAAUUCUUUGUUAAUCUAAACCUGCAUUUACCAAGGAAUCCACACUCUUUUGGGUAUAUGGGAUUAACUUGAUGGAAAAUGUUUACAUUACAUAGACUGAAAAGAGACACGUGUCCAUCAAGUUCAGCACUCCUUACAUUUGUGUUUUGCUGUUGAUCCAAAACAUUAAAUAUGUUUGUAUUGUUUGGGAGGUCACUAGAUUGAAUUUAUUUGUUUUCUACCAGGUAUACCUAGAAAGGCUCUUGACGUAUGCAGAGAUUGACAUAUGUCCUGCUAACUGGAAACGGAUCGUGUUGGGAGCGAUUCUCCUUGCAUCCAAGGUUUGGGAUGACCAGGCCGUGUGGAAUGUGGACUAUUGCCAGAUUCUAAAAGACAUUUCAGUGGAAGACAUGUGAGUUGUGUUUUGUAUUAUAUUGGAAAUACAGUUUUGAUUUCCUUGUGUCACGAUUACUACAUGACCCAACACACAGAACUAUGUAAAACACAAUGAACAAGGAAACGUAUACCAGGCCUUAGAAUGGCUUGACUUAACGUAAAUAAAGAAUGGUCAAAAUACUAGCCGAGGUCAGGGGCACCGAAAGAGACACAACAAGGAAACAAGCCAAAAGUCAGAUACCAGCAAUACGGGAAAAUCAAAAUACAAGCCAAAGUCAAAUACCAAUAGGAACGCACUCUCUGUUAACCAAUUAGUGGAAACCACGACAGGGCAUGGACCAAAUGCUAUUUUGAGUUUAAAUAACCCUUCUAAGGCUAUGAUUGGUAGUAAAUUGGUUUAAUUUCAUCAGCAGUUUAUCUUUCCAAGUUGUGGACGUUUUAGCAUUGACCACUUCUAAGACCAUAUGGAGGUGGCCAUCUUGGGACUACAUCAUACAUUGUGCUUAAAGUAUCUAGCAGCUGAUACUAUGAGGUCCACUAGAACCUUAACUUCACUUAACUGAUUUCCUCCCAGCAUCCAAUCCAGGAAUAAGAAAAAGAUUUCCAGUUCACAAGAAACUAUUAAAAUUUUUAAAGAAUAUUGCUUAACAUAUGAAGGCGUUAACACAAGCUAUAGGCAAUUUUUAGAGUGCUAUAAUAUAGAUCAAGGACAUUUUCUGAUAACAAAUUGGCAAGAAAAUGGCUUUGUGGCCAAGGAAUGAUGACAGCACACACAAUUUUUAAAGACCUGUGCCAAUAUCACUAUUUUAUCAGAGAAGAAAAGCAUAAUUCUUCCAGGGCUGAUGACAUUUAUUGUUCAUUAUUGAGCAUUUGCAGGCUUGUAUGUGGUGUUUAUACAGAACCCGAUCUAUAUCAUCCUUCAGGCAUGAAAAUAGAUUACACUAAACUACAUUCAACACAAUGUUAUUUACGGUCUCAGUGAGUAAUAACCGCCUUUCCUUUUAAACACAUCAAACAGUAUGAUGAUUUGCAGACCGAGGCUCCCAAAUGGUUGUAUGUUAUUGUUUUCCUUUUCUAUAGAACAUCCUAUCUACACACUGUGAGGUGUGAAAAUUAAAAGAACACACCGAAAUCAACACCACUUUUUUUUUUUUUUUUUUCCUUUCUCCUGGGUCUCUCUAUCUUGGCUCUCUCUCAAAUAUUGGUAUAAUCUCUGUCCUUUUUCACCUAGCAGUCAGCAUAGAGAAAUUAGAGAAGAGGAAACCAGAAAAGUAAGCAAAACCUUACAUCACAUAACAAAAAAAUAACACUAGUUAUAGGUGGUCGUUGGCUUUCGUUUCAGUAGCAUAAUGUCCGAAGAAGUGACAGGAACCCUUUAAAGUAUCUUCUUGCCAAGAGUAAUGAGUUGCAGUAGACUUACUGUGUUACUUCUCUUAGAUGACCGUUUCCUUCCAAACUAAUUACAUUAAAUGUGUUCUUCCUUUAUGUAGGAAUGAGCUGGAGCGUCAGUUCUUGGAAUUACUGCAAUUCAACAUUAACGUUCCUUCCAGUGUGUAUGCCAAGUAUUACUUUGAUUUACGGUCACUGGCAGAGGGCAAUAAUCUGAGCUUUCCGCUGGAGCCUCUAAACCGGGAUCGGGCGUGCAAACUUGAGGUUAGAUUUCUAUGUUAUGUAUUUUUAUUUUUAAUUGCAUGUUUUUCUUUUCUUCCCUUUUGGUUUAUUCCGUAUUUGAGUCCAUUUUCCUGGAAUUGUAUUUGUUUUGUAUUAGAAUUGCAUGGAGAGUGCAUGCACUCUUGUUACAUGGACCCAGUAAUGAUAUCAGUUAUAAGGCUUGUCUGCCAUAAAUAUUGUAACUACAGUUGCAAGAAAAAGUAUGUGAACCCUUUGGAAUGAUAUGGAUUUCUGCACAAAUUGGUCAGAAAAUGUGAUCUGAUCAUCAUCAAAGUCACAACAAUAGACAAUCACAGUCUGCUUAAACUAAUAACAAAGAAUGAAAUGUUGCCAUGUUUUUAUUGAACACACCAUGUAAACAUUCACAGUGCAGGUGAAAAAGUAUGUGAACCCUUGGAUUUAAAAACUGGUUGAACCUCCGUUGGCAGCAAUAACUUCAACCAAACGUUUCCUGUAGUUGUAGAUCAGAUGUGCACAACGGUCAGGAGUAAUUCUUGACCAUUUCUCUUUACAGAAAUAUUUCAGUUCAGCAGUAUUCUUGGGAUGUCUGGUGUGAAUCGCUUUCUUGAGGUCAUGCCACAGCAUCUCAAUCGGGUUGAGGCCACUUCAGAAGGCGUAUUUUCUUCUGUUUAAGCCAUUCUGUUUUUGAUUUACUUCUAUGCUUUGGGUCAUUGUCUUGUUGCAACACCCGUCUUCUGUUGAGCUUCAGCUGGUAGACAGAUGGCCUUAAGUUCUUCUGCAAAAUGUCUUGAUAAACUUGGGAAUUCAUUUUUCUUUCGAUGAUAGCAAUCCGUCCAGGCCCUGACGCAGCAAAGCAGCCCCAAACCAUGAUGCCCCCACCACCAUACUUCACAGUUGGGAUGAGGUUUUGAUGUUGGUGUGCUGUGCCUUUUUUUCGCCACACAUAGUGUUGUGUGUUUCUUCCAAACAACUCAACUUUGGUUUCAUCUGUCCACAGAAUAUUUUGCCAGUACUGCUGUGGAACAUCCAGGUGCUCUUGUGCAAACUGUAAAUGUGCAGCAAUGUUUUGUUUGGACAGCAGUGGCUUCCUCUGUGGUAUCCUCCCAUGAAAUCCAUUCUUGUUUAGUGUUUUACGUAUUGUAGAUUCGCUAACAGGGAUGUUAGCAUUUGCCAGUGACUUUUGUAAGUCUUUAGCUGACACUCUAGGAUUCUUCUUCACCUCAUUGAGCAGUCUGCGCUGUGCUCUUGCAGUCAUCUUUACAGGACGCCACUCCUAGGGAGAGUAGCAGCAGUGCUGAACUUUCUCCAUUUAUAGACAAUUUGUCUUACCGUGGACUGAUGAACAGCAAGGCUUUUGGAGAUACUUUUAUAACCCUUUCCAGCUUUAUGCAAGUCAGCAAUUCUUAAUCGUAGGUCUUCUGAGAGCUCUUUUGUGCGAGGCAUCAUUCACAUCAGGCAAUGCUUCUUGUGAAAAGCAAACCCAGAACUGGUGUGUGUUUUUAUAGGGCAGGGCAGCUGUAACCAACACCUCCAAUCUCAUCUCAUUGAUUGGACUCCACUUGGCUGACAUCUCACUCCAAUUAGCUCUUGGAGAUGUCAUUAGUCUAGGGGUUCACAUACUUUUUCCAUCUGCACUGUGAAUGUUUACAUGGUGUGUUCAAUAAAAACAUGGCAACAUUUCAUUCUUUGUGUGUUAUUAGUUUAAUCAGACUGUGAUUGUCUAUUGUUGAGACUUAGAUGAUGAUCAGAUCACAUUUUAUGACCAAUUUGUGCAGAAAUCCAUUUCAUUCCAAAGGGUUCAUAUACUUUUUCUUGCAACUGUAUGUCAGGUAAACCAAAGGAAAUGUGGCCUUAAAUAAAAUCUGUAGCAAAAAUCACAGAUUGGGCAAAAUUUGUUUGUGCACUUUCUGUGUGCAAUGUGGCAUUUAGAGUUAGUCAUUUUUUAUUUUAGUUUAUUUUUGCCACAGAGUAUAAGACUGCAUUUCUUCCGCUCAAUUUUAACGGAUCUCUCAAAAUUUUCUUUGAAUUUUCAAUGUAGCCUAUGCAACAAUUGAGUGAGAAACCCAAUGCAAUCUCCGGCACCUCAUAGAAUUGUUAAUUUCAAUACCCAUGUCUUAUCCCAUUGUGCACAGCAAGUGUGCCAAGGUUUAUAUAUCACAGGUACAUGUUUAAUAUAUGUAUCUCACUAUGCUGUUUCUUGCUUUAUUUGCCAUAGAAUAUGCUGUGCCCAGCAAGUGUGGCAUAGCAUAAAAUGAAUAGCCAACAUGUCUCAAAAUGCACAAACAUUGAUGUAAUUUAAAUGCAGUUUGAUGAACAAACUCCCGUCACAGAUUUGGCAUGGAAUGAUGCAAUCUUCUGUCAAAAAUGCAUGACUUGACAACAUAAACUCUAAAUCGCAUUUACUCAAAUCCACAAAUUUGAUUCUUUUUGCUACAUAGACCGAUUUGACUACUUGUAGGUUGUUUGAGAUGUCUUUAUCCAUGCAUUUCUGUGCACUAAAUAGCUUCUGUUAAUUUUUUAUUGAUUUGCAUUUAAUAAAUACAUAGAUAAACACUUUUGAAUUUCUUGAUAUUUUAUUUUAGAGUCCUCUUGCAUAGUUUCCUUAAAUCCUUUGGUUAACAACCCCAAUAGCAUAUAUAAUGUUGCAAAAUUCUGUAUCAUCGGCAUUUAAAGUGCUGGUCCCAGGUCUAAAUCACCAUCAAUCACUUUUCUUUUAAAAUAUUCGGGGUUAUUGCUGCUGUGAAAUUUCUAUUUUUAGAACAACAACAACUUUGAUGGCAUUUGCCCCGUAUUUAGAAUUCCACAAUUUACAUUUUUAUAAAAAAAUACUAUUCAAUUAGUGACAAGUAGAAUGACUGUAUUAAGGAAUAACUUUUUUUUUUUUUUUUUUUUACUUUUAUUUCUCUCUCAGGCCAUUUCUCGCUUGUGUGAGGAUAAAUACAAGGACUUCCGAAAAUCAGCCAAGAGACGUUCUGUGAGCCUUGAUAACCUGACUGUGGUUCGAUGGUCCCCGGCCAUCCUAUCUUAACAGUGACUUCUGCCGGACCCUUCAAAGACUCCUAUACUGUUUUGUCCAAAUGUUCUUUUGUCUUGGGGAAAGAAGACAUGUUUUUUGAACUAUUUGAAAUCCUCCUUCACAGUGCCUCCCUGUCACAAGGAUGGGAAAUAUCAGUCACUUUUUGGAAUCGUUAUUUGAACCAUUUUCCCCUCCCAUUGCUUCCCUAAUAAAUCAUACUGGGAAUAAUAAAGCAAUGCAUUAGAUAUAUUAAAAAAACAGGUGCAGAAUGUGAGAUGUCCCAUAUAUAUAUUGGAAUAUAUCGGCCAUCUGGCUUUGAAAAAGGUGGUGUAUUAUUUGUAUUAAAAAUUCAAGAUGCCACUUUACCAAUUUUUUUUUUUUUUUUGAUGAAUUAUUUUCUAAGCUCAACUACGUGCUACUUGCUCUUUCUCAUUAUGCCAUCCUGAUUUUGAAUCAAUUUGUUGGAAACCACCCAGACCAGGAUUGCACAUGUGGGAUCUUGUUUCAAUGAAUAAAGUUCUCAAGAACCUCCAAAAACAAUGGAUCUACAAGUUUUUAAGAGUUAAACAAAUGAAGUAUUUUCUUUCUUUUGCCAUUAAUUUAAUUUUUUUGUUUUUGUUUAUUUAACUCCAAGUUAAUGGAAUUUGUCUUGCGAGGAGUCCAAUGGAAAAGCGUCAAGUUGUUGCUGUUGGAUUGGUCUGGAAACUUAUCUUUUAUUUCCUGUCCGCAAAUGAACACAAUUCAGCACCAUUGUGAAUCUUUGGCUUACAAGACCUGGAAGGGGCCAUAAAGUCAGAUAACCCCAGACUUUAAAUUUCUUCACUAUUUUUCAUUACUCCAACUAUAGCGCUGAACCAAAAGUGCAUUUUGAAAGUCAUGAGUCAUUCCUGAACGUUUACAGACUUUGCAUUUUAAAUAAUAAUGUGGUGUAUGCGUGAUGUUGUAUGCAAGCGUGGGUCAUUCCGUUUGCCCAUUCUUGGCUGUUUGGUACCCCCCAGAAAAGGGCAUGGAGUAAUUCCCCCUCCUUACAAAUUUGUAUUUAAACUUUAUGGAGCCAGAUGCCAAGAGGUGACAACAUUGCAGUUUAUUGGUUUUUAAUGUAAAAAGUUAUGAAUUUUGUAUUGAUUAGAUUUUAUAUCUCCCAAUGAGAUCAUUCCUUUGCAACCUGGACCAUUUUUGCAAGCAAUAUUCUCAGACUUUAUAUGUUAUUCUUUAACACAGUGUAAAUCUGUUUGUAUAUGUAUAUACAAUAUAUGUAAAAAAACAAACAAAAAGAAAAACACAAAAAAAAUUAUUUUUCCAGCUUCGCCAGUUCAUAACUCCUAUGGAAAUUAGGAUCCUGUGAAUGCACAUGGUUUAUUAUAUUCAUUUGACGACGAGUGGUGGAUUAUUUAUGAUGUAUAGAGUUCAGUAAUUAAUGGGACUCCUAAUUAAUGUCCCCUAAGUAUUGCACACUUUUAUGAAUGUGGGGGUUUUAAUAAUUAAAAUGUGAUCUUUUUCAGUGUUGAAUUUGGGCGGUCUUUGCACCAAUACCCUCUCCUAGAUUAGGGCAUGCACACGUAUGAUGUACAAUUGGCUUGUGGAUAUUACAAAUAAAUCUACUCAGGUCUUUGGAACAGACUAUUGCCGUGAUGGCUAACCUUGACACCAUAAAUUGUUUCUGGACUACAUUUCCCAUGAUGCUCAGGUCGCUUUUAGACUCUAAAAGCUAGCUGAGCAUCAUGGGAAAUGUAGCCAGAAAUGUUGGUGUCCAGGUUAGCCAUCACUGGUCUAUUGAUUUGCAAAAUGUAGGUCAAUACUCCAGAGUUGCAAGAAAGACUAACACUUCUUUUUUUUUUUAGCCUAAUUUUGACCAGUCGGUUCCAGGCUCAUUGUAUUUCACUGUUUAAUUAAUAAAUCCCUCAGCCAUACAUUACACCAAAGGCGGUUGUUGGAUAUAUAAAAUAUCAACCUUAACCUAUGAAUGCCAAUAUGGGGGUUAGUAAUACGUUUAAGAAGGGUUAAAAUUUUUCAGGCCUAAAAGUGAGUCACGACUGCAAGCCUGGAAGGCCAAUGGCACACUCCUCAGAUGUGAAUUUUUCACUUGCUGAUGGUGAGUGGAAAUUUUGAGCCCUGAAAUUAAGAAUGCAUUCCUCGUCAACCUGAAUGGGUUAUAAACCAGAUUACCCCAUUGCAGCCAUGUUGAUAAAGAGCCAGAGAACGUUUUCAGGGCUAAUUUAUAAUUCAGGAUUUUUGGUGUUAAGUGUAUCCACAUCAGACGUAGGGCUUUUCCUUUGCUAUGUAACCCAUAAUAGACAUAUAGUGCUAGUCUUCUCUAAUAUCCAAGAUGUGUCAACGUUUGUGUAAUUGUGUAGAGCAGGGCUUAAAAUAUCAAGUCUCAAACAACUUGGUAGGCUUUAAAUAAUUUGCCACGGCAAGUCUUGGACGAUCUGUGUCAUAUUCGCCAUUGAUUAUUUUUUAUUGGCUAAUGGCGAGAAGAAAUUUUAAGCUCUGAUAGAGUGGUAUUUCUGUUGGCCGUAUAGUGCUAAUGCGGAUACUUGGUUUUAUUGGCCUUUGCACGGCACAUUCCUAAAAUAUUGUACAAAUCUCAGCCUAUAUUCUGGCACUAUGGCUUGUCUCACAGAUGGAGUGCUUUUUAAAUUAUAUUUAAAGGGACUCUCUAGCCUGGCGAAAAUUCCCAAUGUUACCGCACUGUAUAGGUAACACAUAACAAAAUUCAUUGAUAUGAUUAAAAAAAGGAAUUCACUCCACUCUUGGAAUUCUUGCUUUUGCUGAAAGGUUUGAAUCUUUCACUUCCUGCUUUCCCCCAACUAAUGGCUAAAUCCUUGCAGGCAAUCUAGGUGCUCCCAGUUUUUAGUACAUACAUUGUGAUUCAGCUGUACAGCCCACUCUUAACUUUAUUUAUCCUAAUGCUAUAUUGCCCUCUAAAUGUUUAGGUGUUUCCCCCCCAAGUCCCCAAUUUUAUUUACUGAUUUACAUGGAGAAAAAAAACCCUGAAAAUAAAUGUUUUCUGGGUAGCCUAAGAAGUUUUGUUUUUUUUUCUCCAUAUUUUUUAAACAAACAAACAAACUUCUGCUCUGUAUUAAACCCUUCAGUCUUCCAGUUCGAAAACUAAAAUAAUUCCCUAUUGUUUUUAGUCCUUAAUGGGGAAAAAAAAUGCUUCCAUUUUUUUAAUCCCUAGAUAUAUUUGAAAUUGUCGAACAUAUCUAUUUUCUUCCAAGUAAUACAGAUUAUGAAAUAUUUGUUAUAUCAUCCCUCCAGUAGCCAACACCAAGCAUAAAAUGCUUAUUAUUUUUGUUCCUUUGGUAUCUAUUAGGACGCCAUUGAAAUAGACAAGCUUGCAGCCACGUGUGAAAAAUUUGCAAUGCUCAACACAAUGUGAAAGCACUUCUAUAUCCCUCUGAGAAUGCAAAGGCCUCGCAAAUUGCAUGUCGGUUCACGUGUGCCCCCCUAUGUUGGAGCGCAUACUGUCCAUCAGCUUCAUACCUACCAGUUUUGGAAAUAUGGUAUUUUUUCAGAGCUUUAUUUUACAACCUACUUUGUAUGAUUUCACAGUUUUUUUUGUUUUGUUUUUUUUUUUGUUCUGGCAUCGACUUCCCCAGCUAAAUAAAAGCUAUGAAUCAAACAUAAAAUAGGCAUUUAUCAAAAGUAGAUGGUAAUUUUUGCAAUUCAAUAAAUCGUAAUAGUGUAGUAACCCAAGUAAUGAAAUUAAAAUAAAUAAACUGAAUAAAGUCUAAAUGUAAUAUAAAUACUGACCUAAUGUAGAAAAUACUUUGAAAAAUGUACUGUCUCACCAAUAGACACACUAUAGCAUUUCCUUACCUUUGCCUGAAACGAAGUACACAGAAAUCCUUAUAACUUAAAGCAAGACUCUGUAUCGGGGGUAGCCAAAUUAAAAAUCCUCAGCUUUUACAGAAUGUCAAUUCCAAUGUUGCCUUACCAGUUGUAAGAAUUACAAAGCAUCUUGGGAGUUGUAGUUCGGUGACGGCUGUGGAUCUGCUUCCUGACCACCCCCGCUCUAAAGAAUAGUAUGUGUAUUGUUUUCUUUAUUUAUAGAGACCAGUGCUAGACAUACACAACCUACUCACCACAUUAAAAUUAGAAAGGAAGUUGUCCUUAUCUGUAUCCAAAAUAAGAAUUUGCCGUCAUUACUAUUGUGGUGUAGCAAAGGAUUCUGGGAAGGUAUCCAAUUUAUGCCAGGUUUUUUUGUUACAUGAACAUACUUGACAGUAGUUAAGGCUUUUCUCAGCUUUUCUGCAUUCGUCAUAUUUUCUUUUUUCCAAGCAGAUGUUUAUGAACAAAAAAACACUUUUUGAGUUGUUGCAUUUUGCACUUUUGUUGUAUUGGUCUUUUUUUAUUUUUUUAAUGGUUAUUACAUUGGAACAUAUUUAAAUCUGAUCAGUGAGUAGAGUAGGUGAACGUUUAAAAUAUUUAACCACAUGUAAAAGUCUCAUGGUCUUAAAUCCAAGUAUUUCUUCUGCAAAUCUGUUUCUAGAUUUAAUAAAGUCUUCUUUGAGGUUGUGUUUUUUUUUUUGUUUUUUUUUAAACCAGGAUGACUAUUAUUAAUCUCUAUCAAUAUUUUUGCUGAAUAUUUAACACAGAUUUCAAAAGGCCAGAUAUAUAAAGAUGACUUAUCUGUAUGAAGGAGCACUUGCAAAAUUGUCAAACCUGUAAAAAUCUUUUUAAGAUUGUAUAGUCUAUAAAAUGUAUGUACGUACAUACAUCGGCUGAGACGUAGUGGGUGAACCUUUUUAAUUUAGUUUGAUCCUCUUCAGACUGUAAAGUGUUAGCCUGCAAUGCUGAAUUUCCUGUAACUAUGACAUGGCUGUUAUCUAGUGCCAGGUUUUUUGUUAUUUUUCUUGUGGUGUGAGUUGCAAGGCAGUUACAUGGUCAUCCCUUCCAUUCCCCUCCUCACCCCCACUGCACUGCCUAUGUUCUGCCCACAAAGUAUUAAAUCUUGAUUAUUCCAAUCUUUAUUUUAUUUUAUUUUUUUUAGUAGGAUUUAAAGAGGUACUUUGUGUUUUGUGCCUCGGAUGUAAUUACAGCCAUGCAGGCCUAGUGCAGUGGACUCUACCUCUGUAUAACAUUUUUAUUUUCCUUUUAUUCAUUAAGAAAUAAUUCUGUGAUUUAUAUUCCAUAUGUUUCUUGCACUAAACCAUUUAAGAUUGAAUUGUGA